AUGGGGGACCCCCCCGAUGCCGGACAGUGGCCGCUGGCCGACUGCUGGCAAGUCCUGGCCAACACGGCCAGGGCCCAACCCGACGCCCUGGCAGUGGUGGACGUGGGCUCCGGCGCCCUGCACUCCUACGCCUCCCUGCACGCCCGGGCCGCGGCCCUGGCGGCCUUCCUGGCCUCCCAGGGCGUGGGCCGGGGCGACCGGGUGGCCGUCGCCUCCCGGAACAGCCUGGGCGUGAUGGAGGCCCAUUUUGCCGCAGCCGCCCUGCACGCCGUGGUGGUCAACAUCAACGUCCACCUGGCACCGCCGGAGAUGGCCUACAUCCUGGAGAACUCCGACCCGGCCGCCAUCGUGGCAGACACCUCCCUGGCCUCCAGCCUGCUCACCGCGUUGAAUGCAGUGCAGGCCGACUCCGGCGGCGGCCUGUCGGUGCCCAGCGCCCCCUUGCUUUGGCUGGAUGUGGAGGGGGGCCAGGCGGGCGAGCAGGCCCUGGCAUCUGCCGUGCUGCCCUCAGGCAUCGAGGCCUUUGAUUACGCCAGCGUCAUAGAUUCCCUGCUGGACAUCGGGCUUGAGACCGUCGCAGGGCUGGGUCUGGACAGGGAGAACGCAGGCGAGGACAACUUCCACCUCUACUACACCUCUGGCACGACGGGCAAGCCCAAGGGCGUGAUGCUGAGUCAGCGCAUCGUGCUGCAACAUGCACUGGGCACCAUUCAGGACAUGAACCUGGGCCCGUACGAGGUGUGGGGCCACUUUGCGCCCAUGUUCCAUCUGGUGGAUGUGUUUGCGGUGUACGCCAUCACCCUGGUGGGCGGCCGCCACGUCAUCCUGCCCUCCUUCACCCCCGUCGACACGCUGCUGACCAUUGAGCGCGAGCGAGUGAGCUGCAGCAACGUGGCGGCAACCAUGAUCACCAUGCUGGUCAACAACCCCCUGGUCGAGCAGCUGGACCUGAGCUGCCUGCGCCUCGUCUCCUGCGGCGGCUCGCCCCAGUCCCCGGCCGUAGUGGCCCGGGCCAUUGCGGUGUUUGGGUGCGAGUUCUUCCUCUCCUACGGGAUGACGGAGACCUGCGGCAAGAUCUGCAUGAGCAUCCUGCCAGAGGACGCGGCGGGCAUGACCGUGGAGGAGCAGCUCGCCUACGUGUGCAGCAGUGGGCGUCCCUUUGUGCUGGUGGACGUCAAGCUGGUGGAUGAGGCCGGGGCCGACAUCCCCACCGACUCCGACAAGACGGGGGAGGUGGUGGUGCGAGGCGAGACGGUGUUCCAGGGCUACUACAACCUGCCCGAGGCCCAGGCCGACGCCUUCACCCCCGACGGCUGGUUCCGCACCGGGGACCUGGGGGUGCACGCCCCUCGCGCCUGCAUCCGCGUGGUGGACCGCGUGAAGGACAUGCUGCUGGUGGGCGGCGAGAACGUUUACACCACCGAGGUGGAAAGCGUGCUGCACGCCCACCCCGCCGUGCGCGCCGCGGCCGUCUUCGGCGUCGCCAGCCGCGUGAUGGGCGAGCUGGUGGGCGCGGCGGUGACCCUCGACCCCAGCGUCCAGCCCCGCCCGGACCCCGCCGCGCUCAUCGCCUGGUGCGCCGAGCGCCUGGCGGAGUACAAGGUGCCCAGCGCGGUGCACAUCCUGGACGCCAUGCCCGUCACCGGGUCGGGCAAGAUCCUGAAGACUGAGCUGCGCGAACGCUUCGGGGCCGGCGGGACGUGUCCCGCUCCCACCCCGGCGUCCGCUGCAGCCCCGGCGCCCAGGAGCGUGAGCGUGGCAGAGGCCGGCUUCCAGCUGGCGGCGGCCGCCGGCGGGGACCUGCCCGUCCUGACACUGGACGCCGGCGUGGGCGUGGAGCCGGGGAAAGACAUCUUCCCCUCCAUGGCCUACGUGCUGGUGGCGUUGCAGCCCGCCGACCUGGAGCACGUCGUGGCGGCCGCGCUGGACCGCGGCGCGCGCGCGCUGGCCCUGGUCGCGCUCUUCCGCCCCGACGACGCGGCGCUGGCGCCCGUCCAGCUGCGCGUCGACGCGCUGGGCGCCGACCUGGUGGUCCUGUGCCUGGACCCGGCCAGCUUCCUGGCGGGCGACCGCGUGCGGCUGCGCACCGCGCUCUCCGCCGCGCGCGAGCUGCUGCCGCCCUAUGCGGCCGUCCUCCUGCCGGCGGCUGCAGAGGAGGAAAAGGCGUUCGCUUCGGAGAAGACCGCCGGCGCCGCCGUUCCCUCGGCGCCGGCGUCUGCGGCCGCCACUGAGGUCCCUGCCACCCCGCCCGCCGCGGCCGGUCCGGAGAGGAAGGGUCUGGAGGCCGCCGUGCGGCGUGCGCUGAGCGCGAUCCUGGGCACGGAGGCCGCCGCGGCCGUGGCCGACGACGAGCCGCUCAUGGCAGCGGGGCUGUCCUCCACGGCCGCCGUGCAGUUCGGGGCGGGGCUGGAGGUCGCGCUGGGCCUCACCCUCCCCGCCACCCUCGUCUUCGACUACCCCUCCGUCCAGGAGCUGGUGGACUUUCUGUGCGAGGAGACUCGCGGAGAGGUUGCCACCCCGGCCCCUCCCACAGCCAUGUUUGCGCCGCCACCGGCGCCCCGCCAUGGGCCGUCAACCGUCACGGCCAAGCCUGGCCCCCGCCCCUCCAGCCUGGCGGUCGUGGGGCAGGCCACGGCGCACCUGCUGGGCGUAUCCCCUGCCUCCCUGGACUUGGAUGAGCCCCUGAUGUCGGCGGGCCUCUCCUCGACCGCCGCGGUCCAGCUGGUGACUGCCCUGGAGACCGCGCUGGGACUGGAGCUGCCGGGCACCCUGGUCUUCGACUACCCGUCCGUGCGCGAGGUGGCGGACUUCAUCGAUGCCGAGGUGGCGCUGGCGGGCCCUGCCGCAGUCGAGCAAACCGCGGCCAGUCAGGCGGAGAUCCUGCGUGCGGUGGCAGAUUUGGUGGGGCACGGGGAGGAUCUGCAGGCCGACACCCCGCUCAUGGCGGCCGGCGUUUCUUCCAGCGCCGCGGUUCAGCUGGUCUCCGCGCUGGAGGCUGCGCUCGGCGCGGAGCUGCCGGGCACCCUGGCGUUCGACUACCCCUCCCCUGCCGAGAUGGCAGCCUUCAUCGUGGACGCCGGCCUGGCACCUGCUCUGGCCCAGCAGCAGCAGCGCGCUGAGAUUGCGCCUGCUGCUGCGACCUCGCAGGUGCCGGUCGCGCUCGUUUUGGAGCCCGACGCGCCGGCCAGACCCGUCUGCGUCGUCACCGGCCAGUCGCACGCCGUCCCUGGCGGCAAGCUGGCCCAGGGCACACGCGUUCACAACGACCGGAUCACGCCGGUGCCGCUGGAGCGCUGGGAUGUGGAUCUGGCGCCCUCCUACAACCUCAGAGAGCUCAACAACUCAUUCGGCUCGUUCCUGUCGGAUGUGGACACGUUUGACGCCGCUGCCUUCUCCAUAUCUGCUGCCGAGUCGCUGCUCAUGGACCCCCAGCAGCGUCUGGCCAUGGAGAGCUUUGGCGAGGCCUAUGCCUCGCACCUGGCCCUCUCCGAAUUCUCGCGCGAGACCUCGGUCUAUGUGGGCGUGUCCCAGCUGGAGUACGCCCGCAUCAGCCUGGAGACCGGUGCCGCCGCGCUGAACACCUACUAUGCCACGGGGGCGCACCUGUCCGUCGCCCCCGGCCGCAUUGCCUACACCUACGGCUUCAAGGGCGGGGCGCUGUCGGUGGACACCGCCUGCUCCUCCUCCCUGGUCACCACCCACCUGGCGGCCGCUGCGCUGGAGCGCGGCGAGAGCCGGGCCGCUGCCAGCCUGGGGGUGAAUCUCACGCUGGUGCACAGCUGGACGCAGGCCUGCCUGCGCGCCGGCAUGCUGUCGGAGGAGGGGCGCUGCAAGACCCUUGAUGCGGCGGCAGAUGGCUAUGUGAGGGCUGAGGGAGUGGGAGCCAUCAUGCUCACCCACGCCUCCCUUGUGCACCCCACCGACGGUGGCUGGACCGCCCUGUCCGUGCUGGUCGGCUCGGCGGUCAACCAGGACGGCAGGUCCUCCAGCCUGACCGCGCCCAACGGACCCAGCCAGCAGGAGGUCGUGCAGCUGGCCCUGAGGGCCGGCGGGCUCGAGCCUGGGGCUGUGGGGCACCUGCAGAUGCACGGCACAGGCACGCCGCUGGGCGACCCCAUCGAGAUCGGCGCGGCGGCAGCCCUGCUGCUGCGCGCGUCCUCCAAGAACGGCGGCCCGCGCGGCGCGCCGCUGACGCUGACGGCCGCCAAGGCCUUCAUGGGCCACGCCGAGCCCGCCGCCGGCAUCGUGGGCCUGACGCGGCUGGCCCUGACCCUGGGCCAGGCUGGGGCCGACCCGCUGCCCUACCUCGUCCACGUCAACCCCUACGUCGACAGCGCGCUGGCCGCCACCGCGCGGGGCGGCCCCGCUUGCCGCACCCUGGCCCCUCGCCAGCCGGUGCCCAGCGCGUACAGCGGCGUCAGCAGCGUGCCACUGGGCGGCGUGUCGGCAUUCGCCUUCCAGGGCACCAACGCGCACGCGCUGCUGAGCCCCGGCGCCGGCCAGGCGGGCGGCGCCACCGACGUCUGGAUGGUGGCUGGACGUGACGCCCCGUGGCAGGAGGCCCGCUCCUGGAUCGUGCCCGCGCCGCACGCCCUGCUGAGCAACGCCAGCGCCUCCGCCCGCCGCGGCGGCGAGCUGCGCGUGCGCCUGGAGUGCAGCCUGGCCUCGGCGCGGCUGGGCGCCUACGCCCACCACGCUGUGUUCGGCCGCGUGCUCUUCCCCGCCGCGGGGAUGGCCGAGACCGCGCUGGCCGCCGGCUGGGCGCUGGGCGGCGAGGAGCGCAGCGUGCAUGUCGCGGCCAUGGCCAUCUCGGGCCCCCUGGUGCUGGCCGAGCCCGGAGCGUUGCCGGUCUUGACCGUGGACGUGCGGCCUUCCCUGGGCGCCUGGACGCUGUCCAGCCGCACCAAGGGAGCGCAACGUGCGCAGCACGCCUCAGGAGAGCACGGCGCGGUCGUGGAAUUGGCGGCCGCCUCGGCCGCCUCGGCGCGCGCCCUGGCGGCGAGUACCGACGGCGUGCACGGCGUCCCGGACGAGGAGCUCACGGUUGCCGGGUUCAGGCUGAACUUGGGCCGCGGUGCCGCGCGCCUGGCCGGCCUGGAGACCAAGGUCGUGCGCCCGCGCGCCAAGACCGCCGCGGACCGCGCGCUGCAGCCGGCCGACUUCCUGUACGCCGUCGAGUGGGAGCAGGUGGUCCAGCCAGCAAAGGGGCGGGUUGAGGUUGGUGUGCCUGAGCGCCUGUCCAUUUCUACUCAUCUGGGCGGCAUCGCCGUGCCCGCCGCACGCGACCCCAGCGUCGCGCUGCCGGCCGUGCUGGAGGCCCUGCAGACGUUUGCCGGGAACGAUCACGGCGCCGUGUACGCCUCGGCGCCAGAGUCCGUCCCUGUCGGGGCCCCGGGCUCAACGUUGAAGACCCAGGCGCUGAGCGCGGCGGGCGAGGGCCUGCUGCGCGUCGCGGCCAGCGAGCACGCCGGCUGCGCCUUCUCGCUGGACGUCGGCGCCGAGGCUCUUGCCCUCGACAUCCCAGCAGAGAAUCUGCUGAGCCGUGGCAUCCUGAACACCACGCGGCACGGGGCCGCGCUGACGCGCCUGCCCCGCCUGCUGCGCAGCGCGGCGCCGGCGCCCUCGCGCGAGCUGGUGCAGGUCCAGCCCCAACCCCGGGGGUCCCUGGCCAGCCUCACCGCCGUGCCCUUGGAUGCCGACCGAGUGGUGCUGAAGCCCCACGAGGUGCUGGUGUCCGUGAAGGCCGUGGGCAUCAACUUCAGGGACGUGCUAAAUGUGCUGGGCAUGUACCCGGGAGACCCUGGCAUGCCCGGCUCGGACUGUUCCGGGGUCGUACUGAGGAUCGGGUCGGCCGUGACCCACCUCAAACCUGGCGAAGCGGUGUUUGGGCUGGCGCAUGGCUGUUUGGGCACCGCCGUGGUGUCCCCCGCCGCCACGCUGCACCCCCUCCCAGCCCAGCUCUCCUACGAGCAGGCGGCCACCACGCCCACCGUCUUCAUCACGGUGGUCCUGGCGCUGCACUCCGCGGCGGCCCUGCGCCCCGGCGAGCGGGUCGCCGAGCUGGGGGGCGUGGACGUGGUACUCAACAGCCUCACCUCCUCCGGCAUGGUGGCAGGGUCCCUAGCGGCCCUGAAUGCCAGCGGGCGCUUUGUGGAGAUCAGCAAGCGCGACAUCUGGAGCGCGGGGCGUGUCGCUCAGGAGCGUCCCGACGUUGGGUACUCGCUGCUGGCGGUGGACUUCCUCCCCGCCCCCAUCAUCCAGUCCACCUUGGCCCGCAUCUCCAGCGCCCUGGCCUCCGGCGCGCUGGCCCCGCUGCGCAGCAUCGCCCACGGCCUGGGCGCGCUGGCGGGCGCCUUCCGUCAGAUGGUGCAGGCCACGCACGUCGGCAAGGGCCUGGUGUGUGGUGGGGUGCUGGAAGGGCUGCCCAUCACGACGCUGCUGCACGCCGCCGGCAUCCUGCGCGACUCGCUGCUGGCCCAGCAGACCGCCGACUCGGUCAGGCGUGUGCUGGCGCCCAAGCUGGGGCCGCUGCACGCCUUGCGCGAGGCGCCGGGGCCCCUGGCCGCCACCCUGCUCUUCUCCUCCGUGGCCUCCCUGCUGGGCGCGGCCGGGCAGGGCAACUACGCCGCGGCCAACGCAGCCCUGGAUGCCUGGGCGCACGCCCAGAUGGCCUCGGGCGCGAACGCGACCGCCGUGCAGUGGGGAGCUUGGGCCUCCUCAGGCAUGGCAUCCCAGGCGGUGCUGAAGCGGCUGGACCGCAUCGGCCAGGGCGCCAUCUCGGCGGAGCAGGGCAUGCUGGCGCUGGGCGCCUCCCUGCGCGCUGUGCACGCUGUGCCCCAGAUCGCGGUUAAUGCCUUCAGCUGGGACACCUACCUGGCGCCCUGGACGGGGCCCGAGCAGGCAAGGGGGCCCGUGCCAACCAUGUAUGCCGAGUUCGAGGCGUCGGCACCACCUGCCCUGGUCGCCCCCAUCGGCGCCGCUGCAGGUGGGCGCAGGAAGCGCGGCGUGGACGCCAACAAGGGUGGCGCCGGCACGGCCGCGCCCGACGCUGCCGCGCUGCGCGCCCAGGUCGCGGCGACCGUGGCCGCGGCCGCCGCAGAGGUGGUCGGCCCCGGGGUCGGGGAGGACGAGCCCCUCAUGGCCGCCGGGCUGGACUCUCUGGGCUCUGUGGAAUUUGCCAACAUGCUGAGUCAGCGCCUGGGCAUGAGCAUGCCCGGCACGCUCAUCUUUGACUACCCCUCCCUGCGCGCCGUCGGCGACUACCUGUCCACCGCGCUGCUGAAGAAGCAGGGCGCAGGAGGGGAUGGUGCGGCGCCCAUGCCCGAGGUUGAUGAGGACGGCGACGUCCCCUCCGACAGCGACGGGGAGGCCAGCGACGGCGAGGCUCCAUCGCGCGGGCUGCGCGCCCGGCCUGCUGCCUCGCCCGCGGCCAGACCGAUCGCGCUGGUGGCGAUGGUCAGCCAGGGCCUGCAGGGCGACAUCCUGCACGCCAGUCCAGGGACCCAGGCCAUAGUGGCGCUGCAGGACGCGGUUCACAAGGUGCCGCUGUCGCGCUGGGACCUCGACAGGGCCGAGCUGGCCAGCGGAGACCCCUACACGCUCUCACCCCAGUUUGGUGCGUUCAUGAGCGAGAUCGAGGUGUUUGACGCCGCGGCAUACGGCAUGUCUGUGGCGGAGGCCACGAUCAUGGACCCUCAGCACCGCCUGGUGCUCUCCUUGGCCACCCAGGCCCUGCUGGGUUCCCAGGGCCUUCACGGCGCCCCCCUCCCCCGCACCGGCGUCUUCAUGGGCAUUUCCUGGACCGAGUACGGCCAGCUGGCGCAGGCCGGCGGCCUUCCCAUCUCGGCCUACACCGCGCAGGGCGCGGUGCUGUCCGUCUGCCCCGGCCGCGUCGCCUUCCACCACGGCCUCAAGGGUCCUGCGGUGGCGGUGGACACCGCCUGCUCCUCCUCCCUCGUGGCCGCCAACGCCGCGCAGGAGGGGCUGACGCGCGGCGCGGGGGGCGCCAUCGACGCCGCGCUGGCGGGCGGCAUCAACAUGAUGCUGGCCCCGGCCACCUCCGCCAUGUUCCGCAAGGCGGGCAUGCUGGCGCCGGACGGGCGUUGCAAGGCCCUAGACGCCGCGGGGGAUGGCUACGUCCGCUCAGAGGCGGCGGCGGUGGCGCUGCUCAGUUGCGCUCCCAUCGAUGCCUCCGUGCUCGCCUUCCUGGUGGGCAGCGCCGUCAACCAGGGAGGCCGCGCCAGCUCCCUCACCGCGCCCAACGGCCCCAGCCAGCAGGACGUGAUCCGAGCCGCGCUGGCGGCCGCGAGCCUGCUGCCGGCGGCCGUCUCCACCGUGCAGCUGCACGGCACGGGGACGCAGCUGGGCGACCCCAUCGAGCUGGGCGCCGUGUCGGAGCUGCUGGGCGCAGGGCGGGCCGGCGCCGGUGCCCCGCUGCGUCUGCUGGCCUCCAAGUCCCAGCUGGGCCACUCGGAGCCAGCCUCCGGCAUCAUGGGCGUCGCCCAGCUGCACCAGGCGAUGACGCAGGCGCUGGCGCUCCCGGUGCUGCACCUGCGCACGCCCAACGCGCACGUCGCGGCGGUGGUGAGCGAGCCCGGGGGCACCAACGCACAUGUGCUGCUGCAGGCGGGAGCCGGCGCAGCCCUCGCACCUGUUCUGCCGCCUGCGCCAGCUUUCGAGGCCCGGCGCUUCUGGGUCCUGGCCGAGCCGCACGCGCUCCUGGGCGGGGUGCUGGCCCUGGACCCCCGCACCGGCACCGUCACCUUUGCCGCCGACCUGUCGGCACCCAAGCUCGCCGCCCUGCGCGACCACGCCGUCGGCGGCCGCCCCAUCCUCCCCGCGGCCGCCUUCCUGGAGUGCGCCGCCGCAGCUGCGGCAGCCGCUGCCGGCGGCGCGCGAGACGGCGCUCAGGCCGUGCUGCAGGUGACCAUCCCCGCCGCCCUGGAGCUGCUGCAGGCCGGCGCACAAGGUGCCCGCGCGCACCAGCACCUGCUCUGCUGCUCGGUGGACGCUGGGUCGGGGCGUGUGCGCCUGAGCAGCAGCCGCGCGGGCUCCCGUCCGCGCGACCAUGCUUACGGCCUGCUGGCUUCAAUCUACCUCGGGGACAUUGGUGCCGGGGUCUCAACGGCACCAGCAACCCCAUCUGGCACCGUCACUGCCCUGCUCCCUCUCUCUGUCGAGGCAGCGGGCUCGGGCGGGCCCGUCGGCACCAUCACCUGCCUCAGGCCGGAUGGGCGGGUGGGCGGCGCGGGGCUGGACGCCGCCGCACUGGACAACGCCUUCCACCUGGGCGCGCUGGACGCCAGCGCCCUGCGCAUCCCCGCCGGCAUCGCCGCCUACCGCGUGGCGGCGGCGCCCAGCGUCGUGCCCGCGCCCGUCCUGGCCGCGGGCUGCGCGCCGGUCUCCCAGUCCACGACCUCCGCCCUCAACGACUACUGGGUGGAGAGCGCGGCGGGGAGGUCGGCGGGCGUCCAGGGCCUGGAGGCCAGGGAGCUGGGCGCCGCUGCGCGGCGCGCCUCCGGUGGUUCUCCGCAGGCAGCUGCUGCCAGCACGGCGCUGGAGUACCACACCGUCUGGGAGACCAGCGUCGUGGUGGCGGGGGGGCUCUCCUCUGCCCGCCCCACUGCCUCCGCAUUUGAUCUGGCACAGGGGGUCUCCACCCAGCACGCCGCGAUCAUGGCUCUGGCAGGCCUGCAGGCGGCGGCAGCCUCGCAGGGCCCCCCCUCGGUGGCUCUGGAGUCGCGUGCCCGCCCCGGCGCCGGGCCUUUCACCGGCAAUGCAACGACCGCGCUGCUGCGCGGCAUGCUCAAGGCCCUGGCACUGGAAGCCCCCGGGCCACGCUACACGACCAUCGACAGCGACGACGCGCAGCGUGCCCAGCGCCCCACCGCGCUCGACGUCCUUGUUUUUGGGGGCGCGGCCGUCGAUGCCGGCGUCGAUGCGCACGGCCUGGCCCUCAGGGGGCGCACGCAGCAGACACCGGGCCUUGCCGCCGGGCCGCCCUUGGCGGAAUCAAAGGCCCGUGUUUCUCUGGCAUCUGCCGCCCCGCGCUUCCUCAUCACGGGAGGCACGGGCAGCCUGGGCCGGCUCAUGACCGAGGCGAUCCUCACCGGGAGCGCGGGCGGCGCCACCACCUGCACCCUGGUUGGGCGGGCUGGGCGGCUGGGCAGCAGCAGUGACGCCGCGCCGCUGCUGGCAGGCCUACCAACCGACGCCACCGCCGUCUCCAGCCUGGUCGUGACCUCUGGCGACGCGGCUGUGGCGGCCGACGCCGUGCACCUACUGGCCGCGGAAGGCGCAGAGCCCCUGGCCGUACUGCACGCAGCUGGCUUCCUGGCGGACGCCAUCGUGGGCAACCAGACCCCCUCGGCGCUGCGUCGCGUGUUUGGCGCCAAGACGUCCAGCGCGGAGGCGCUGCGUGCCGGCCUCGCUUUCCUUCCCGCCUCCCAGCAGGUCCUCUUCUCCUCCGUGGCGGCGCUGCUGGGGUCGCCAGGGCAGGUCACUUACUCGGCAGCCAACUCGGUGCUGGAUGCGGCUGCCGAGCUGGCGCAGGCCCAGGGUUUGCCCUCCACCAGCAUCCAGUGGGGCGCCUGGGCCGGCAGCGGCAUGGCAGCCCAGGACCGCUCCACCGCCCUGCGCGUUGAGCGCAUGGGCAUGGGCAUGGUCGACCCCGGACAGGGGCUGCGCACCCUGGUCAGGGCCCUGGCCUCCACACCGGCCGUCUUGGUGGCCGUGCCCUUCCACCUGCCGCGCCUGGCGGCGCUGGCGCAGCGCGGAGCGGGCACCCACUCCAUCUACGCCCGCUUGCUGGCCGACGAGGCCCUGGCGGGCGUGCUGGGCCAGACCCUGGAGCCCGACGCGCCGCUGAUGGCGGCCGGGCUGGACUCGCUGGCGGCUGUGGAGUUCCGGAACACGCUGCAGUCCACGCUGGGCAUGCAGCUGCCGGGCACCCUGGUGUUUGAUUACCCGACGGUAUCUGCGCUGGUGGGCUUCGUCGCUGGCCAAGUGCCGCGCGCCCAGGGCGCCCACGGCGCCGGCAGGGCCCACCGAGGGUCUGCCGCGCCACCCCGCGCCGCGCCUGCCGUCGACAUCAUGGUCAUCCGCGGGAGCGUGGCGCAGGUCGUGGGCGAGGUGCUGGGGGCCGAGGUGGAGCCUGACGCGCCCCUCAUGUCUGCCGGCCUGGACUCGCUGGGCGCGGUGGAGCUGCGCAACAGCCUGCAGGCCGCGUUCGGUCUGGGGUUGCCGGGCACCCUGGUCUUCGACUACCCCACCGUGACCGCGCUGGCAGGCCACAUCGCAGGCGAGGUGGCCCGCGCCGGCGGCGACGCUCCGGGCGCCGCGCCGCGCCCCGCCUCGCGUGCCAGCGCCCUGCUAGACCGCGGUUCCGUGCUUUCCACAGUGUCCGAGGUCAUCGGCGAGGUGCUGGGCGGCGGCGAGGUGGACGUGGACGCGCCCCUCAUGUCUGUCGGCCUGGACUCGCUGGCGGCGGUGGAGCUGCGCAACAGCCUGCAGGCCGCCUUUGGCGUCGGCCUGCCGGGGACGCUGGUCUUCGACUACCCCACCGCGCAGGCCCUGGCCGGGUUCAUUGCCGACACGGUGGAGCCGGAGGGUAGCUUCCUGGGGACGCUGGAGGACGAGCUGAGCAUGCUGAGCCUGGCCGAGGUCGGCGCGGUCCGGGCCUCCCAGGACUUCCCCCUCGUCUCCCUGGCCUCGCGCCUGCCCAAGGACAUCCUGAACCUGAGCCUGGCCGAGGCAGACGGGAGUGGGGUUGUGCCGUUGGAGCGCUGGGACCUCCAGGAGCAGGCGCAGACCCUGGGCACUGCGCCGGCAAGGUUCUCUUCCUUCCUGGAGGACAUUGAUCUGUUUGACAUUGCGGCCUUCAAGUUCAAUGCCAACGAGGCCAUCUCCAUGGACCCCCAGCAGCGCCUGCUUCUGGAGCUCAGCGCCCAAGUCCUCGCCGGGCAGUCGGCACCCACCGACACGGGCGUUUUCAUCGGUGUCUCCUCCACGGAGUACAGGAUGUUGGUGUCCAACCACCUUCCCGCCUUCACUCCGUACUCUGCCACCGGCACUGUCAGCCUGUCGGUAACGGCGGGGCGGCUGUCCUACCACUACGGCUUCACUGGGCCGUCUUUCCCCAUUGACACCGCCUGCUCAUCGUCCCUGGUCAGCCUGCACCAAGCGGCGAGCAGCCUGCGACUGGGCUUGAACAGCGCGGCGAUCAACGGUGCCGUCAACCUGCUCAUCCACCCGAGCACCACGGCCAUGCUGCAGAAGGCUGGCAUGCUGGCGGCCGACGGGCGCUGCAAGACGCUGAGCCCUGACGCCGACGGCUACGCGCGCUCUGACGCUGCGGGCAUGGCACUGGUCACCGUACCCGAGGCGGCGACGGGCGUGAGCGGGCGCCUGGUUGCCGUACCCUUGGCCCUCAUCCGCGGCACGGCGGUGAACCAGGACGGCCGCUCCUCCACGCUCACCGCUCCCAACGGCCCCGCGCAGCAGGAGGUCAUGCGCGGCGCGCUACGCUGGGCUUUGGCCGCUGCGGCCGAGGUCACCGCCCUUCAGAUGCACGGCACGGGGACGCCGCUGGGCGACCCCAUUGAGAUCGGCGCUGCCGCGGCCGCGCUGGUGGAAGGCCGCGCGGAGGGUAACCCCCUCCUCCUCCAGGCGGCCAAAUCGUGGACAGGGCACGCCGAGCCGGCGGCGGGCAUGGUGGGCCUGAUGCACACCCACGCCGCGCUGUCGGCGCGCGCCGCCCUCCCCAUCAUGCACCUGGGCAACGUCAACGCCUAUGUGGAAGGUGCCUUCAAGAGCAGCCGGUACGAGGGCGCGUGGUGGGCACCGCGCCAGCUCGGCGCCCUGCACGGCCCCAAGCUGGAGGGCAUCAGCGCCUUUGCCUUCCAGGGCACCAACGCGCACGCGCUGCUGGCGCCCGGCCCGCAACCCACCGGCAUUGCCAAGCCACAGAAGCAGCUGGUGGAGCAGCGGUGCUGGGUGGUCCCCCGCGCUCACGCCAUGCUGGGCCGGGCGCUGCGCCUCGGCCCCGGCUCCGUGGGGCUGGAGUGCCGCCUCGCCGGCCUGCACAUGGAGUACCUGUGGGACCACGCGGUGGGCGGCCGCCCCCUCUUCCCAGGCGCCGGCUUCUUCGAGCUGGCAUCGGCGACGGCCUGCCUGCUCAGCGGCGGGGGCGACGCCCCCCCUUCCCUGCUGACCGGCGCGGUGGAGGUCGUGUCCAGCGGCGCGCGGCGCCAGACGCACCUGCGCUGCGGCGUGGCCGCUGCCAACGACGCCGACGCGCCGCGGCGUCGGCGCACGGGGCAGGGCCUGACCCGCCGUCCCACCAACCUGCAGGCGCUGGCUCGCGGGCCGGCGCUGGACGCGGUGGCGGGGUCCAUGCCGCUCGCCCUCGCCCCGGGCAUCGCAGCGCACUUUGCCGGCAUCUCUGCGUCCGCCGACCGGGCGCGGGACGUGUCCCUCUCGCCCGCCGCCCUGGACGCCACGCUGCACCUGGCGGCGGUUCCCGGCCGCGGUGCCUCCGGCCCGGUGGCGCUCAAGGUCCCCGCCGCUGUGGAGAUGCUGGCGCUGCCGGCCUGGGCACGUGCGCCCGAGGGCCUCGCCGCAGUCGCAGCCUGCCGCCUCAGCUCCCCCGCGGGGGACAUGAACGACUACGGCGUCCUGCCGGGCACCGCCACGAUCACCGGCCUGAACUCCCGCCCCCUGGGCGCCUUGCCGCCCAUCGCCCGCCGCCUGCGCCGCCGUGUCGGCGACCGGCGAUAUGCCGCCCUGUCGCUGGCCAUCGCGCCGCCGGGGCGCGGCCCCGCGCGCGUGGGGCUGGACGGCAUCGCCGCCAUCGCCACGCGGCUGGCGGCCGCCGGCCGCGCACCCUUCUCCCUCGGCCUGCGCACGCCCACCGUGCUGCAUGGCGCCCUGGCGGCGCCUGCGCCCGCGCUGGGCCCCGCGCUUUCCUCUGCCACGCAGGCGCCCGCGCUGCUGUGGGGCGUGCUGCGCUCGUCCCGCACCGUCAUCACCGGCGGCACGGGGUCUUUGGGCACGCUGAUCGCCGGGUGGCUGGGCGCGACGGACAGCGCCACCGCGGCGCUGGAGCUGGUGGGCCGCGUCGGCCGCGUCGCCGACGCGCGCUCCGCCGACCUGGCGCACCUCCUGCGCACCUGCCUGGCGCCGGUCAGCCUGGUCAUGGCCGACGCCUCGGUCGCCGCCGACAGCCGCGCCGUGUUCGGUCCCCGCGACUCCCCCCUGGCCGCCGUGGUGCACUCCGGCGGCGUGCUGGCGGACGCCACGCUGGCCAACCAGAGCGUGCGCAGCGUGCGGGCGUCCUUCGGUGCCAAGACCGCCGUCGUGGAGGCCUGGGCGGGCCCCGUCGGGUGGCAGCCCGUGACCGCAGCCGCCCUCUUCUCCUCCGUCGCCUCGCUGCUGGGGUCGGCGGGGCAGACCAACUACGCCGGCGCCAACGCGGCGCUGGACGCGGCCGCCGCGCUGGCGCAGGCUCGGGGCCUGCCCUCCACCAGCGUGCAGUGGGGCGCAUGGGCAGGCAGCGGCAUGGCGGCCCAGGAUAAGUCCACCGCCCUGCGCGUCGAGCGCAUGGGCAUGGGCAUGGUGGAGCCCGUGGGCGGCCUGCAUGCGCUCGCCGGCGUCCUGGCAGGCGCCGCUCCGGUGCUGGCCGCCGUGCCCUUCCUGUGGGACAGGUUCAUGCCGCGCCUGGCAGGCGUUCCGCCCAUGUUUGGCGAGUACGCCGCAGCAGCAGCCGCCGUGAAGCCCGCCGCUGUUUUGGCAGCCGCGGCGGGGGUGCUGGGCCGUGCCGUCGACCCGGCCGAGCCCCUCAUGGCCGCUGGCUUGGACAGCCUCAGCUCUGUCGAGUUCCGGAACGUCCUGGAGGGGCAGCUUGCCAUGGAGCUGCCCACCACCCUGGUCUUCGACUACCCCUCAGCCGAGGCCAUCGCCGGGUUUGUGGCGGCCUCCCUGCAGCCUGCUGCCGGUUCCACUGUGGCUGCCACGGCCCCAGCUGGCGUCACGCCUUCAGUCGACCCGACAGCCUUCCUACCCACGAUCCUGGCAGCUGCCAGCCAGCUGCUGGGGACCGACAUCGGCGCAGACGACCCGCUCUCUGCCGCCGGCCUGGACUCCCUGAGCUCCGUGGAAUUCAGAAACGUGCUGGAAAGGGAGGUCGGCACCGAGCUGCCUUCGACGCUGGUGUUCGACUACCCAUCGGCCGCCGCCAUCUCUGCCUUCCUGGCGACUGCCACUGCCCCGGCGGCGUCAGCCGCGGCGCCCGGGUCCCAGGUCCAGCCGCGCUCGGCGCCAGCGCCUGUGGACCCCGACGCCUUCCUUUCACUGGUGUCAGCAGCUGCCAGCCAGCUGCUGGGGACCGACAUCGGCGCAGACGACCCGCUCUCAGCAGCCGGUCUGGACUCCCUGAGCUCCGUGGAGUUCAGGAACGUGCUGGAGCGGGAUGUGGGCGUGGAGCUCCCCUCCACGCUGGUCUUCGACUACCCCUCCGCCCGCGCCAUCUCCGGCUUCCUUGCCACCGUGGUGGUCGCCCCCGGUGGCGACCACGGCGCUGACGAAGGCGAGGCCGAGUACGACUCCUGGGGCGCGGCCGACCUUCCCUCCACCAUCCCCGCCCAGCUCACCCAGGCGCUGCGCGGCGGUGGUGCCGGCUUCGGCCUGGGGGACGCGGUGGUCAGCUUGCGCGCCACCACCGACCACCGCCCCUUCACCCAGGGCCGGGCAGGGGACGGCGCGCGGGACGCCGUCCGCGUCAUCGGCCUGGACCGGUGGGAUGUCGAGGCGCAGACGGCACGCGGCGGGCCCCUGCCCAACAGAUUCGCGAGCCUGCUGGACGAUGUGGACCGCUUUGAUCGCGCCGUCUUUGGCCUGUCGGGCGCCGAGGCGGAGCUGGUGGACCCCCAGCAGCGCCUGGUGCUGGAGGCCGGCGCCGAGGUGAUCGUGGGUCGCCCGUCCCUGGACGUCGCCUCCUGCGGCAUCUUCGUGGGCUGCUCCUGGGCGGACUACGCACGCGUGGCGGUGGACCAUGCUGGCACCACCACCUACUCGGCCACUGGCGCGGCGGGGUCCGUGGUGUCUGGCCGCGUGUCCUACACCUUUGGCCUGCGCGGGCCUGCGCUGUCGGUGGACACCGCCUGCUCGUCAUCCCUGGUUGCCACCCACGUGGCGGCCACCGCGCUGCUCAUGCGCCAGUGCGCCUGGGGGGUGGCCGCCGGGGUCAACCUGGCGCUGCACCCGGAGACGCACUACAGCGCACAGAAGGCUGGCAUGCUGACCGCCGACGGGCGCUGCAAGUCCCUAGACGCCGGCGCCGACGGCUACGUCCGCGCCGAGGCCUGCUGCGCCAUGCUGCUGGCGCUGACCGGCGCCGACGAGCUGGCGCGCGCCGAUGAGGACGGGCCGGCGCUGGCCCUGGUCCAGGGCUCGGCGGUGAACCAGGACGGCCGCUCCUCAAGCCUGACCGCGCCCAACGGCCCCGCCCAGCAAAGCGUGGUUGCCAGCGCGCUGGCGGUGGCUGGCCUCCACGCCUCCGACGUCUCCGGCGUGUCCAUGCAUGGCACAGGCACGGCGCUGGGGGACCCCAUCGAGGUGGGCGCCCUGUCGGCGGUGCUGCUGGGCGCCGCGCCGGGCGGCGACCCGCCCCUCAGCCUGCUGGCCUCCAAGUCCUGGAUCGGGCACGGCGAGCCGGCGGCGGGGGUGGUGGGCAUCGCGCACGCGCACGCCGCACUGUUGGCUUCCACCCAGCUGCCCAUCCUGCACCUGCGCGCCCUGAACCCCUACCUGGAGGGUGCCAUGUCCAAGACUGCAGGGCACUGGGCCGUUCCGCGCGGCGACGCGCCCUGGGGCGCCGACGCCUCGGCCGCGAGCGGGCGGCGGUCCCUCGGCCGCGAGCGCGUCUGGGUGCACCCCCCGGUGCACAGUCUGCUGGAGACCUUUGCGGGGACGGCCAAGCGCAACUCGCGCGCCGUCUUCUCCACCCUGCUCUCCGCCCCCGCGUCCUCCUUCCUCCUCGACCACGUGGUCAACGGCAUGGCCCUCUUCCCCGGCGCUGGCUUCUUCGAGGCGGGGGCCGCGGCGGUUGCCUGCCUGCUGGGCCCGGGCCUGGCGUCCCUGCUGGCAGACGCCACCAUCCCCUCCCCGCUGCGGCUGGCCAUCCCCAGCGAGGCGCGGCGCGCGGACACCUACCCCUUUGCCGAGCUCACCGCCGUGGUCAGCGCGGACCGCGGCACGGUGAGCCUGCAGAGCGGGGCCGGCCGCCGCGCCCCGGUGCACCUGGCGGCGACCGUCGCGACCGCGCCCGCGGCGCGCAGCGCCAAGGCCGGCGCGGUCGUGUCCGGGGCCACCUCCGGGGUCAAGGCCAAGCGCCCCGCUCGCGGCACCGCACUCCUGCUGCGCCUGGUGCCGCUGGUGGGCAUCGCACCCUCCACGGCCUCUGUGGCGCAGCCCACGCACAGUACCUCAGGCUACCGCAUGUCUCCUGCCGCGCUGGACUGCACGCUGCAGCUCGGCGCGGCCGCCAGCCUGGAGGCCGGCGCGGCGCUGCGCAUCCCCGCCGGCGUCGACGCGUUUGAGGUCGCCGCCGCGGGGCCCUCCCUCGCGCGCCUGCCGGCCUUCGCCGCCGCCUGCCCGCAGGAGGACUCGCCCGGUGCGCUGUCCACCGGCGAGCCCACCUGGACCGACUACCUGCUGCGCAGCGACGCGGCCGCGGCGCCCUCCGCCUCCGUCAGCGGCCUGGAGGCGCGCCCCACCGGCGGCUCCGGCAGCUCGGACGCGCGCCGCGCGCGCGCACUGAAGAAGAAGCGGGCCGCGGCCGCCGACGGCGUCUAUGCCAAGCCCGAGCGCUGGAUGUACGACCUGGCCUGGGCCAAGGUCCAGACUGUAGGAGGCCCAGCGGCUGGUGCCGUUGCUCCCAUUCCAUCCCUGGCCCUGGUCCUGAAGCAGGCCCUGGGGCCCGCCGCCCUCGCCACCACGGCCAUCGCGCUGGCGCAGGAGGCGGCGACCUCCGGCGCGGCCUCGCUGGCGCUCACCACCGCCGGCGCGGCGCUGGGCGAGGAGACGGCACGCGGGGUGCAGGGGGCCCUGCAGCUGCGGCGCAGCCCCCUGGCGCCCGCGCCGGGACCCUUCCACCUCUUCCCCCAGCCGCGCGGGGCCCUGCAGAACCUGGGGCCGCUGCCUGUGGAGGAGAGCGUGGCACCUGGCCAGGUGCUGGUGGCCGUGAAAGCCGUGGGCAUCAACUUCAGGGAUGUGCUGAAUGUUCUGGGCAUGUACCCUGGAGACCCCGGUCCCCCCGGUGGGGACUGCGCCGGAGUGGUGGUCGGUAUGGGCACCGGAGUCACCAACCUGCAGAUGGGCAACGCCGUCUUCGGCCUGGCCGGCGGCUGCCUGGGCUCCCACGUGCAUGCCAGCGCGCUCACGCUCACACCCAUGCCGGACAACCUGUCCUUUGAGGCCGCCAGCACCAUGCCCACGGUGUUCAUCACUGUGGACUGCGCGCUGCGCCAGGCAUCGGCCUGCGCCCCCGGCCAGCGGGUCCUGGUGCACGCCGCAGCCGGCGGCGUGGGCCUGGCCGCCAUCCAGCAGGCCGCCCUGCAGGGCUGCCAGGUGGUGGCCACCGCCGGCGGCGCCCCCAAGCGCGCCCUGGUACGCAGCCUGGGCGUGCGGGAGGUGCUGGGCUCCCGCGACACGGGCUUCGUCUCCGAGGCCGCCGAGCUGGGGGGGGUGGACGUCGUGCUCAACAGCCUCACCUCCUCCGGCAUGGUGGCCGGGUCCCUGGCCGCCCUCAAGGUCGGAGGCAAGUUUGUGGAGAUCAGCAAGCGCGACAUCUGGAGUGGCGCCCGCGUGGCGCAAGAACGCCCCGACAUCAGCUUCAACCUGGUGGCGGUGGACUUCCUGUCGGACGAGGCGGUGCAGUACUGCCUAUCCCGCCUGGCCUACUACAUCGGGCAGGGCGGCCUGCGCCCCCUGCCCAACGUCGUUCACGACCUGACCAAUGUGCGCAAUGCGCUGCGCCAGAUGUCGCUCGCGCGCCACGUGGGCAAGAUCGUGGUGAGGACGGGGACGCUGCAGCAGCGCCACGCGGACGUCGCGCGCGGCACCGUUGCCAUCACCGGCGGCUUUGGCAUGAUUGGCUCCCUGCUGGCCGGCUGGCUGGCCAGGCAGUCCAUCGGGGGGAUCCUGCUCCUGGGACGCUCCGGGCGUGGCGCCUCCGCAGAGGGCGCCGUGGCACUUGCCGUAGCCGGCAGCUGCGUCCCCGUCACCAUGCGGCGCUGCGACGCGGGCAGCGCGGCCGAGGUGGCCGCCGCCGCAGCCAGCCUGGGCACCGCAUCCCACCUGCAGGGUGUGGUGCACUCCGGCGGGGUGCUGGCCGAUGCGACCCUGGCCAACCAGAGCGUGGCCGGCAUCCGCACCUCCUUCGCCCCCAAGGCCGACGCGGUCCAGCUGUGGCAGGGCGCGCUGAGGUCGUCCCCGGCCACCCUGCACCUCGCCUUCUCCUCCGUGGCGGCCCUGCUGGGCUCCCCCGGUCAGGCCAACUACGCGGCGGCCAACGCGACACUGGACGCUGCGGCCCAGACCUGGCAGGCGCAGGGCCUGGCGGGCUUUGCCAGCGUGCAGUGGGGCGCCUGGGCCGAGGGCGGCAUGGCCGCCGCGCACGUCGGCACCGCUAAGGCCGUGGAGCGCAUGGGCCUGGCCAUGAUCGACCCCGAGCUGGGCCUGGGCGCCGGCUCUGCCGAGCCCAGCGCCGAGGCGCGGGCGGCCGUGCAGGCCGCCGUGCAGGACUCGGUGGCGGGCGUGCUGGGCGCCAGCGUGGGCCCCGAGGAUGCGCUCAUGGCCGCGGGUCUGGACUCGCUGGGCUCUGUGGAACUCAGAAAUGCGCUAGAACGGCGCGCGGGCGUGGAGCUGCCCGGCACCCUGGUGUUUGACUACCCCACCGUGGCCGCUUUGACCGGCUUCAUCGCCGGCCGCGUAGCGGCGGCGCAGGGCGGGGCGGUCGAGGACGGAGAGGAGCCCGCCGCCGCCGCGCUUUCUGACAGUGAUGUCGAUGAUGGGGCAUUCUGGUCGCCGCGCGGUGCGGCGUCGCUCGCCUCCCGCCUCCCUCCCCCCGCUCGUGUCAUCGGCGUGAGCGAGAUCGUGCUGCGGUCGCCUGCCGACGCGCUGGCGACGCUGGUGCCGGUGGACGCGCCGAGCCGCGUCCCGCUGUCCCGCUGGGAGGUGGACGCUGCGGCCGGGCUGGCGGGCGGCCUGCCCGUGCAGUACGGCGCCUGGCUGGACGACGUCGACUUGUUUGACGCGCAGGCGCUGGCGGUGAGCGCCACCGAGGCCGCGCAGCUGGACCCGCAGCAGCGCGUCCUGAUGGAGGCCUCGGCCCAGGCAUUGCUCGGUCACGUGGAUCUGUUGGCGGACGAGGGCCUGCGCGCCGACUGGGGCGUGUUUGUGGGUGUGUCGUCCAACGACUACGCGCGCGUGGCGGCGCGCCACACCCGCGGCGUCACCGCCUACAGCGCCACCAGCACCGCGCUGAGCGUGGUUUCCGGGCGGCUGUCCUACACCUUCCGGCUCAAGGGCCCUGCGGCCAGCGUGGACACGGCCUGCUCGUCGUCCCUGGUGGCCACCCACUUUGCCUUCAACUCGCUCCUGUCCCAGCAGUCCUCCCUGGCCCUGGCCGCCGGGGUCAACCUGGCGCUGGGACCCGACACCCCCGCCAUGUUCCAGCGGGCGGGCAUGCUGUCCCCUGCCGGGCGCUGCCGGACCCUGGACGCCGGCGCCGACGGCUACGUCCGCGGCGAGUCCGCCUCCGCCCUGCUCCUGCAUGGGCCGAGGGCGGGCGGGCCUGCACUGGACGAUGGCCCGUCCUGGGCGAUCAUGAUCGUCGGCACCGCCGUGAAUCAGGGUGGCAGGUCGUCCACACUCACCGCGCCCAACGGCCCCAGCCAGCAGGACGUCCUGCGCAACGCGCUCGCCGACGGCAGCGUGGCCGCGGCCCAAGUGGCCGUGCUGCACAUGCAUGGCACGGGCACCCCGCUGGGCGACCCCAUCGAGGUGGGGGCCGCCGCCGCGGUGUUCAUGGAGUGCGCCCCCGCCGGGCGCCAGCCGCUGGCGCUCAGCGCCUCCAAGUCCUGGGUCGGCCACGCCGAGCCGGCCGCGGGCCUGGCCGGCGUGGCGCAGGCCGCGCUGACGCUGACGCACGCGGCGCUGCCGGGCAUCCUGCACCUGCAGGACGUCAACCAGUACGAGGCGGCGGACGCGGCGUCGUGCCUGGCGGGCGUGUCGGCCUUUGCCUUCCAGGGAACCAACGCGCAUACGCUGAUCAGGGCGCCUACAUCGCCCUCAGUGCAUGCGGAGACGAGCAAGAACGUGAGCGUCCAGCCCGUCUGGCAGCGCGGGCGCCACUGGGUGGCCCCCAGCCCGCACGCCGGCCUGCAUCGCGCCGCGAUCAAUGCACGGGCGAUGGUGCUGGAGUGCGCUCUGGGCGCCACGCCUGCCCUCGCCUUCCUCUGGGACCACAGGGUGAGCGGGCGCGCGGUCGUGCCCGGCGCGGCCUUCAUGGAGCUGGCGGGGGUGGGGCUCGUCACGGCUGUUCCUGGAGACAUCAGCCGGGCGCUGCAGGGCCUGGAGGUGCCCAACCCCCUCAUCCUGCCCGAGGGCGGCGACCGCGGCCUCACCAUCCGCGUCAGCCUGGCGCUGGCGUCGGGGGCCGUGGCAGUGGCCUCCUCCCCGGCCGCCUUCAAGCACGCCCACCUGACGGCCCAGGCCGGGGCAGUGGAAAGCAGGAAUGGAAGUGCCUCCGCAUGGCCCACACUCCACUCAACGGCCAUCCAGGCGCUGGCGGGCGGGACCACUCCCGCGCAACAACCUGGUACGCCCGGCCCCCUGGCGGGCCUGGACAACACGGGCGCCGCCGACCUGGCCUUCCUCGCCCACCCCGCCACCCUGGACUGCUGCCUGCAAUCCGCCGCAGCCGCGACGGGCCAGGAAGCCGGCCUGAAGGUGCCUGCCGGCGCCGACGCGGUGCUGGUGAGCGGCACGAAGCUGGCGGACGCCAUGCUGUGGGCCUUCAGCAGGGAGCUGUCGGCCGACUCCGCGACCUCCCGGCUCGACUACGGCCUGGCGGGCGGGAGCGGCACGGGCAUGAGCCUGAGCGGCAUGACCCUCAAGUCCCUGGCGGGGACCGGGGCCAAGGCGACGGCGCAGGCCGCCGACGCGCCGACGAGCAUCGCAGAACUGCUGUACAACGUGGCGUGGCCCGCUGCCGUGCCUGUUGAGGUGCAAGGACCGACUACCACCUUUGCGCCGCGCUUCCAGCUGCCUCGCGGCGACGAGCGCGCCGCGACCUCCGCGCUGGAGGUGCUGCAGGGCGGCCUGGCGGCCUUCGCGAGUGGCGUGGGUUUCGUCGGCCUGCGCGGCGCCUCGGCCCGGUCUGAAAGCAAGGGCCUGGCGCUCAGUGGGCUGCUGCGCGCCGCCGCCAUGGAGACGCGCGGCCGCGCGGUGGGCGCAGGCGUGAGCCGCUUUGUCCCCGGCGACGCCGUCUUCGGCCUGGCCGCGGGGUCCCUGGGCUCACACGUGGCCUGCCCCGCGGCGCGCCUGGCGCGCAUGCCCGCCGGCCUGUCCUUUGAGGCGGCGGCCACCACGCCCACCGUCUGCAUGACGGUGGAGAUGGCCUUUGUGGCCGCCGCCGGGGUCAAGCCGGGCAAGACCGUGCUGGUCCCCGCAGCGGCGGGCGGCGUUGGGCUGGCGGCCAUCCAGCUCGCCAAUGCCCUGGGCGCCAGGGUGGUCGCUACCGCCGGCAGCUCCCAGAAGAGGAGCAUCGUCAGGAUGCGGGGCGUGCCCUCGGUCCUCAACUCGCGCGACACUCACUUUGUGUCCGAGAUUGCGGAGCUGGGGGGCGUGGACGUGGUGCUCAACAGCCUCACCUCCUCCGGCAUGGUGGCAGGGUCUCUGGCCGCCUUGAAUGCUGGCGGGCGCUUCGUGGAGAUCAGCAAGCGCGACAUCUGGAGUGCUGGACGAUUCGCACAGGAGCGCCCCGAUGUGCACUACACGCUAGUGGCGGUGGACUUUUUGUCCGACGCCGCCAUCACCGCGGCACUGGAUCGCCUGGCUGGCCGGCUGGCGACGGGUACGCUCCUCCCGCUGCCCUGGGUGACGCACGGCCUGAGCGAUGCCACGGCCGCGCUGCGCGCCAUGUCGGCGGCGCGCCACGUGGGCAAGGUGGUGGUGACCAACCCCGCCACCGACCUGCCUCCCAGCGCCCGGGUCGGCCGUGUGCUGGUGACCGGCGGGCUGGGCUCGCUGGGCUCGCUGACCGCCGCCUGGCUGGCACGCGACUGCCGGCUUGGCGUGCACGUUGUGGGCCGCAGCGGGCGUGCCGGCGCAGCUUCGGGACCCCUGCUGGACCUCCUCCGCCGUGGCCACGCCGGCGAGCUGGCGGUGGGGUCGGGCGACGGCGGCGUGGCCGCCGACGCCACGGCGCUGACCCAGCGCGCCACUGGCGUGCCUCUGGUCGGCCUGCUCCACGCCGCGGGCGUGCUGUCCGACGCCACGAUCGCCAACCAGGGCGCGCGCGGCGUGCGCGCCGUGCUCGCACCCAAGUCCGGCGCGCUGGCGGCGCUGGCGCGCGCAGGGCUGGCAGAGGCGCCCGCCGCCUUUGGUGUCCUCUUCUCCUCCAUCGCCGCGCUCCUGGGCUCCCCGGGGCAGAGCAACUAUGCCGGCGCCAACGCGGCGCUGGAUGUGGCCGCUGAGCUGGCGCAGCACCGCGGCGCGGCCACGCUGAGCGUGCAGUGGGGAGCAUGGGCGGGCGCGGGCAUGGCCGGCGCAGACGCGCAGACACGCGCGCGCGCGGAGCGCACGGGUGCCAUAGCCGCCCGCCCUGGCCUCGCCAUGUUUGACGAGUUUGCGGGCGAGGUCGCGGUCGAGGCCGUCCGUGACGACACGAGCGUGGCCGCGACCCGACCUGCAACAACCUCCGCCCUGCCUGUGGCGGCCGCCGGUGCGGCGGCAGUGUCUGCCGCAGCACUGACGGCGCUGGUCACCGAAGCGGUGACGGCCGUGCUGGGGCCCGGGGUCGACCCCGAGGCGCCCCUCAUGGCGGCGGGCCUGGACUCCCUGUCCAGCGUUGAGUUCCGCAACAGCCUGGAGGCCAAGGUGGGCGCCGACCUGCCCACCACCCUGGUCUUCGACUACCCCACCAUCGCAGGCAUUUCGGCAUUCCUGGCCGAGCGCGUGGGCGGGGCGACGGCCGGCGAGUCAGCUGAUGCUGGAGGGGCCGUCCUCGGCGAGCCCACCGAUGCUGACGACAUGUUUGGCACCGGCGAGGCUACUGUGUCUAGCCUGGCAGGGCCCCUGGUCGCUGUGCCGGCGGGCAGCACCGUGGUCGCCCAGCGUCCCAGCAUCUGGGUGGGCGAGUCGGUCACCCAGCCGCCGCGCUCCGCCUUUGCGGGGCUGCAGCCCGUGGACGCCGUGGCCCUGCUGCCCCUGUCCCGCUGGGACAUUGACACCGGGGAAGACCUGUUUGGCGGCAUCCCCGUGCGCUUCGGGGCCACCCUGGACCGCAUCGACGAGUUUGACUCGGCCGCCUUCUCGGUGGCCGGCAGCGAGGCGGUGCUGAUGGACCCCCAGCAGCGCCUGCUCCUGGAGUGCGCGGGCCAACUGCUGGCCCGCGCCGGCGGUGCCCUGGACCGUGCGCGCGUCGGCGCCUUCGUCGGCCUUUCCUCCACCGACUAUGCGCGCCUGGUGGCGCGUCACACGGCGGGGGUCACGGCCUACACCGCCACCGGCAGCACGCUGUCUGUGGCCUCCGGCCGCCUGGCCUACACCUUUGGCCUGCGUGGUCCGGCGAUGACGGUGGACACCGCCUGCUCCUCCUCCCUCGUCUCCCUGCACGCCGCACUGGCCGCGCUGACCCUGGCCCAGUGUGCUGCAGCGAUCAACGCCGGGGUCAAUGUCAUGCUGGCCCCGGAGACCCCUGCUGCCUUCGCCAAGUCGGGCAUGCUGGCGGCCGACGGACGCUGCAAGACCCUGGACGCGGCGGCCGACGGGUAUGUGCGCUCGGAGGGGCUGGGCGGCCUGCUGUUGCAAGCCGGCCAGGCGCCGCGGGGCGACGCGGCCAUCGCCGUGCUCGGCUCGGCGGUGAACCAGGACGGCCGCUCCUCCAGCCUGACCGCGCCCAACGGCCCGGCGCAGCAGGGCGUCGUCCGCAGCGCCCUCGCCUCUGCUGGCCUGACGCCGGGCAGCCUGCAGUACCUGCAGAUGCACGGCACCGGCACGGGGCUGGGCGACCCCAUCGAGGUGGGCGCCCUGGCUGCACUGCUUGACCGAGCCGACCCAGGCUCCACCCGCCACCCCCUGGUGCUGACCGCGGGCAAGUCGCUGAUCGGGCACACCGAGCCGGCGGCGGGCGUGAUGGGGCUGGCGCACGCCAGCCUGUCUCUGACGCAGCAGGCCGCGCUGCCGCUGCUCCACCUGACCAGUGUCAACGACUACGUCGCGCCUUCCAUGCCGGUCGGCCGCUUCGCGGCCAACCGCAUCCUUGGUCCUGGUGCGAGCGCGGCCCCAGGCCAGGCCUGCACCGCCGGCGUGAGCUCCUUUGCCUUCCAGGGCACCAACGCCCACACGAUGCUGGGCAGCCUAGAUGGCGCAGCGGCCGCAGAGGACAGCGUCGACACCCUUGCGCUGCCCUGGCAGCGGCAGAGGGCCUGGGUCGCGCCGCGGCCCAGCGACCUCUUCGGCCUGGUCGGCGUGAAAGCCAAGCGCGCCGCAUUCCCGGCCGCUCUUUCCGCUGGAGCCAGCCUGCAUGUGACCCUGGAUGGGGGCCAGGCCUCGGUGCACCUGGUCACGAAGGAGGCCGGCGCGGCGCAUGUCGCCAGCGCCGGCCUUGUGGCGGCGAGCGCCGAGCCCAAGUCCGUGUCCCGAGGCAGCGCAGGGAACCCCAGGACGAAAACGCUGUGGUGGCCCGCGCUGGACAGCCAGUCGAGCGCCGGCAAGGCCGUGGCCGUGCUGGACGCCACUGCAGACUCGGCCCUGCCAUGCGGUCUUGCGCUGCAGGGCCUGGCGGUGGAUGCUGCGGCUGCGCUGCGCGAGACAGGGGACCUCCCCACUUCUGCCGGCGCUCUUUGGUCAACCACGAGUGUGGGUGCUGGAGAUGCUGCAGCCCACGCCGCAGCAGCACCAGGCGAACUCACCAUCGCCCUCGGCACCGGCCUCCUGGCAGCCUGGGAGCUGGACGCGCUGCCGCUGGAGCGGCUCGCGGUUUCGGCUUCCAGCGCUGGGCCUGCUCACGCUACCUCGAUUGGGGACACAGCGGAUGAGGAGAGCAAGAAGCUGGUGUAUACCACGUCCUGGCAGGCAGCCGAGGUGCGGCGCGCGGCGACAGCUUCUCGCAACGCGCCCAACUUCCGGGCACCAACCUCAGCCGCUGCGGCGCUGCAGGCGCUGCAGGGCCUGGCGGGGUCAGCUUCCAUGAAGGGCAUCGCGGGCACGGGAGCGGCCGACGUGGCUGUCGCCGCGCCGGCCCGAUCACGCGCCUCGCGGCUGCCCGGCGCGGCCCUGCAGGGCAUGCUAAAGGCCCUGGCUGCCGAGGAUGCUGCUGGGCCUGUGCUGUCCAUGCUGUGGACCGAGCCGUCCGCGAGCCAUGCAGCUGCCGGCUGGAGCCUGGCAGCACAAGCAGCCGCGGACUCUGCCUCACCGGUCGGCGUGCACGGUGGUGCUGUCUCGGCACGCGUCGCCUGGGCGCCGCGCCUCCUGCGCGCACCGGAGGGCGACGCGCCUGACGAUGCACGAGUCAUGAGCCUGAGCGGCACGGUCUACGUGACCGGCGGCAGCGGCGUGCUGGGUGGUACGGUCGCCGCCUGGCUGCUCCACCAGCCGGCGGUGGCCUCGGUGGUCCUGCUCAGCCGCUCCGGCGCCGUGCCGGUCGAGCUGCUGCGUGCCAGCAGGGCAGCGGCCAGCGCGAACUCGACGACCGGCGCCCCACCCGCCACGCUCUCCAGCUGCACCUGCGACGCGUCGGCCGCCGCCGACGUCGCGGCGCUGGCUGGCGCGGCGGGCGCCGUGUCGCUCAUGCACGCGGGUGGCGUGCUGGCCGACGGCCUGCUGGCUGGGCUGAACGCAGGCUCCCUACGGCGAGUGGCCGCGCCCAAGGGCGCCGCCCAGGCAGCUCUGCAAGCCUCGCUCCUGGGCGCCGCCCGUGUCCAGGCCUGCGUGGCCUUCUCCUCGGUGGCCUCCCUGCUGGGCUCGCCCGGCCAGGCCAACUACGCGGCGGCCAACGCCGUGCUGGACGCUGCGGCCGCCGACCUGGCCGACCAGGGCUGCCCCGCCUCCAGCAUCCAGUGGGGCGCAUGGGCGGGCGCGGGCAUGGCGGCCGGGGACAGGGCCACAGAGGGCCGGCUGGCGAGGAGCGGCCUGGCCCUGCUGCCGGCGGAGCGCGGCCUGGCGGUGCUGGGCGCGCUCCUGCGUGCCUCCUCCGUCGCCGUCGCCGCCGCGCCGCCCCCUGCCCUGGUCCAGGAGGCGGUGGCGGGCGUACUGGGCGCUAGCGUGGACCCCGCCGACCCGCUCAUGGCGGCGGGCCUGGACUCGCUGGGCGCGGUGGAGCUGCGUUCUGCGCUCGAGGCCAGCGCGGGCAUGCGCCUGCCGGCCACCCUGGUCUUCGACUACCCCACCGUGUCGGCCCUGGCCGAGUUCCUGGGCCAGAAAAUGGCCAGGGACAGGGAGGGGGAAGUGACUGCCGCGCCGAUGGCUGUGUCGGCAGCUUGGACUGGCCCUGCUGUGGAUGCCCCGCUGGCGCAAUCAAUCCGCGCUCCGCCCGCCUCGCCCGUCCUGGUGCUGGGUGGCGUCCAGCGCAGUCCGCGCGACGUGCUCGCCAUAUCCGCCGCACGCCCGCUGGACGUCGUGGGGGUGGUACCCUACGAGAGGUGGGACGUGGACGGGGAGAACCCGGUGGCGGCCAGGUUCCUGGCGGCCCUGCGCCACCCCAUGACCUUUGACGCCGCCGCCUUCGGCGUGCCCAGCGCCGAGGCGCCCCUGCUAGACCCGCAGCAGCGCCUGCUGCUGGAGGUCGUGGGCGAGGCCUCUGUCGCCGUCGCGGGGGCCACCGGCAUCCCCGCCAGCCUGCAGGGCACCUAUGUUGGCAUCGCGAGCUCCGAUUACGGGAGCCUGGUGUCGGCCGCAGUGGAGAAGGGCGCCUUCCACGCGACAGCCAACGCCCUGUCCGUGGCCUGCGGGCGCCUGUCCUUCACCUUUGGCUUCCGCGGCCCGGCGCUGUCCAUCGACACCGCCUGCUCGGCCUCCCUGGUGGCCGCUCACCUCGCCGCGCGCGGCCUGGCUGCCGGCGAGUCGGCGCUGGCCUACGCGGCCGGCGCCCACGUUCAGGCCACGGGCACCAGCACCGCCUACGUCUGGAGCGCCUCCAUGCUGGGCGUGUCGGGGCGCUGCAUGGCCCUGGACGCCGCCGCAGACGGCUACGUCCGCGGCGAGGCCGUGCUGACGCUGGUCCUGGCGGCCGCCGCGAAGCUGGGCGCCAACUACGCCAGCGUGUCGGGCGCCGACCGGCCCCUGGCCAUGCUGGGCUCGGCGGUGAACCAGGACGGACGCUCCUCCAGCCUGACGGCGCCCAACGGCCCGGCGCAGCAGGAGGUCAUGCGCAGCGCCCUGGCCUUUGCCGGGGUCGAUCCCGCGGAGGUCAACGCCCUGUCCAUGCAUGGCACGGGCACCCCGCUGGGCGACCCCAUCGAGAUGGGCGCGGCCACGGCAGUGCUCAUCGACGCCGCGCGGCGAUCCCCCGUCGCCUUUGGCGCCUCCAAGUCCUGGCUGGGCCACGCUGAGCCAGCCGCGGGCCUGGUCGGCGCGCUGUUCGGCGCGGCGGCGGCGGGGCGCGCCCUCGCGCCCGCCAUCAUGCACCUGCGCGCCAUCAACCCCUACGUCUCCGCGGCGCUGGACGAGACGCGGCCGGGCUGCGUGGCGCUGCCGCGCCAGAACCUGCCGCUGGCGGGGACUGGGGGCCGUUCGGUGGCGGGCGUGUCGGCGUUCGCCUUCCAGGGCACCAACGCGCACGCGCUGCUGGCCCCCGUUGUUUCCGGCGCCGAAGAUGGCGCGACGCGCGCUGACCCCAAGGCGCCGCUGCCCUGGCGGGGCGGCAGGCAGAGCGUGCUGCCACAGGCGCACGCGCUCCUGCAGGUGGUGACGAGCGCCGUCCGCGGCCGCGUGAUCCUGGAGACGGAUCUGACGGCGCCGCGCCACGCUUUCCUCUGGGACCACCAGGUCCUGGACCGGGCCCUCUUCCCCGGGGCAGGAUACUUUGAGGCGGCGGGCGCCGCCGUGCGCGCCGUCUCGCGCGCGCCAGCCGGUGCCCUGGUGACCGGAGCGGCCAUCCCCGCGCCCUGUGUCCUGCCCGGCCUCGGUCAGCGCGGCGGCGACGGCGUGGUCCUGCGGGUGACCGUGGACGGCGCCGACGGCGCGCUGGUCAUCGCCAGCGUGUCGAUCGCCGGCACGACCAGCCACGUGCUGGCCAGCGCCGAGGCGGCAGGGACGGCGAGCAACGACGGCCAGCGCCUCGCGACAGGCCCUGCGAGGGCCUCUGCGCUGCUCCCUGUCAGAGCGAUGCUCUCGCUCGCAGAGCACCUGCCCGCCUCUGCCGCGCCCGCGGCGACGGCGGGCCUGCGCUCCGACACGGGCCGGUCGGGCCUCUGGCUCGACCCCGCCCCCCUGGACUGUGCGCUGCAGCUGGGGCAGGUGUUCGGUGCCGCCCCCGCCGACCUGUACGUGCCGGCGGGCCUGGGCGCGCUGGCCAUCGACCCAGGGGCAGCGGGCCUGCCGCGCAGCCACGAGGCCAGCUGGGCGGCGUGCCUGCCCCUGCCCGCCCCUGUCGGCGAGGCGCGAAGCGACUACGCGCUGCUGCCUGGGUCCAAGGGCGCCGGCGGCCCCCUGGCCAGCGUGUCGGCCCUGCUGGCCAAGCGCAUGGCCGGCGGCGGCGCCGCGCAGAGGACCGUGGAGCGUGUCGCCUGCCUGUACUCCACCGCCUGGCAGGCGUCCCGGCCGGCGGGCGACGGACAUGCCGAGCCUGCCGGCAGCCUGCUCUGGCGCGAUGCGCGCGCCUCGGCCGCCCCGGCCGGCGCCGGGUUUGGCGCCGUCGCGCCCAGCGCGGCGUCCACCGCCCCGCCAUCGACUGGCGUGCUGGGCCUCUCCGGCCUCAUCCGCACGCUGGGCCAGGAGGUGCCGGGCGUGGGCUGGACCGCGAGACUGACUGACCCUGCGGAUCGAUCCGCGCCCGCAGCCGCCGGCCUGCGCUUGGUAGACGCAUCGGCGCUGCCGGCGCUGCACCCGCUGACGUCGGCGCUGGGGUCUGCGGUGCGGGGCGGCAGCGCCAUGGCGCCGCUGCUCCUGCACGCUGAGCGCGUGAGGGAGGAGCUGCCGCCGCACCACCUCAUGCCCAUGCCGCGCGGCAGCCUGGGUUCCCUUGCCCCCGUGCCCUUUGACCCGGAGCGGAAGCUGGCGGGGCAGGACAUCGUCGUGGCAGUCAAGGCGGUGGGCCUCAACUUCAGGCAAGGGGUUGUUGUUGUGUUUUCGGAGGGGGACAGGGACGUGCUCAACGUGCUGGGCAUGUACCCAGGCGACCCCGGACCCCCCGGCGGCGACUGCGCCGGCAUCGUGACGCGGAUCGGCCCCGGCGUGACUGCGCUGUCCCCCGGCGACGCCGUCUUCGGCCUCGCCGCCGGCUGCCUGGGCACACACGUGCUGGCCUCGGGCCUCACCAUGGUCCGCGUGCCGGCCGGCGUCUGCCUGGAGGCCGCGGCCACCAUGCCCACCGUGUUCAUCACCGUGGACGCGGCACUGGACAGGCUGGCCGGCAUCGGGCACGGCACGCGGGUGCUGGUGCACGCCGCCGCAGGCGGCGUGGGCCUGGCCGCGCUGCAGGUCAUCCGCCGCGCGGGCGCGACGCCCGUGACCACGGCGGGCGGCCCCGCCAAGCGCGCGCUGCUGCGCAGCCUGGGCGUGGCGCACGUCAUCGGCUCGCGCGACCUGGUCUUUGCCGACGAGGUCGCGAUGCUGGGCGGCGCGGACGUGGUGCUCAACACCCUCACCUCGCCUGGCAUGGUGGCGGCCUCCCUGGCCGGCCUGAGCGGGGGCGGCAGCUUCAUCGAGAUCAGCAAGCGCGACAUCUGGAGCUCGGGGCGCUUUGCGCAGGAGCGUCCCGACGUGCUGUACAGCCUGCUGGCCGUGGACUUCAUGUCCCAGCCCGCCAUGCAUGCAGCGCUCCUGCGCAUCAGCGCCGGCCUGGCGCGGGGUCACCUGGCGCCGCUGCCCACCAUCACCCACGAUCUGGGCGCCGUGGCGGGCGCGCUGCGCCAGAUGUCCACCGCCCGCCAUGGCGUGACGGGCCUGACCCUGGCCAGCCGCGGCGGCCGGGGUCAGAACUUGGGUGCCCUACUGGCGCAGCGCUGCGCGGUCUCGCUGGCGGCCUGCGACGCGGGCGCGGCGGGCGAUCUCGCCGACCUCGGCCUGACCCUGGCGCCACUGGCCGGCGUCCUGCACGCCGGCGGCGUGCUCGCCGACGCGGCCUUCGCCAACCAGAGCGCACAGAGCGUGCGCGGCGUGUUCGCGCCCAAGCUCGGCGCGCUGGACGUGCUGGCGCGGGGCGCUGGGAUCUCCGCGCUCCCUGUCGCCGCGCUGACGCUCUUCUCCUCCCUGGCCGCUGCGCUGGGGUCCCCGGGGCAGAGCAACUACGCCGCUGCCAACGCGGCGCUGGACGCUGCCGCGGCCGCAGCGCAGGUGGCCGGCCGCGGCGUGCACUCCGUGCGCUUCGGCGCGUGGGCCGGCGCGGGCAUGGCCGCCGCCAGCGCGGAGAAGAUGCGCGCCUCGGGCAUGGGGGCGUUGACCCCCGUGUCGGGCCUGGCCGCGCUGGCGGGGGUGCUGGGCGUCGCGCCCAGCCCACCGGCCUGCCUGGCCAUGACGCCCAUCCACUGGCCCACAUUGCUGGCCGCCGGCCCUGUGCCGGAGCUCUUCGCCGAGUUUGCGCACCUGAAGCCGGCCGCAGUGGCAGAAGCGGGGGUGGCGGGCGGUGUUGCUCAGACAGGAGCAGCGCCAGCCUCUGCGGCUGCUGGGAUGGAGCGCGCGGAGCGCGCUGCCUUCAUCGCCGCCGCGGUCGAGUCUGCUGCCCGCUCCAUCAUUGGCGGGGAGGUCGCUCGCGGCGACCCGCUCAUGGCGGCGGGCCUGGACUCGCUGGGCGCGGUGGAGCUGCGCAACGGCCUUCAGUCCAGUCUGGGCAUGGAGCUGCCGGGCACCCUGGUCUUCGACUACCCAACCGUAGACGCCAUCUCGGCGUACGUGGAGGAGACUCUGAGCGCCCAGGCUGCUGCUGCAGCUGCUGUCCAUGGUGUGGGGGCCGCAGGAAUUGCAGCAUCCGCGGCGCGCUUUGCUGCUGCUGCUCCGCCGUCGGCCGGCCCGGCAGAUCUUGCCCCCAUCACGUCCUCGGCCAUCGUCAUCACGUCGGUCGCCUCGCGCUCGCCGCGGGACGUGCUGUCCACCGGCACACUGGCGGACGCGAUCUCCCACGUGCCGCUAUCGCGCUGGGACGGGGAGGUGCAGCUGACGCUGGACCUGCCCGCCCGCUUCGGCGGCUGGGUGGAGGAGCCCUACGCCUGGGACGCGGCGGCCUUCGCCACCACCGCCACCGAGGCGGUGCUCAUGGAUCCCCAGCAGCGUGCACUGCUGGAGCUUACGGGCGAGGCGCUGCGCUCCGCUGACGCCGGCUCCCGCGCCGUGGGCGUCUUCGUCGGCAUCUCCACGCCCGACUACGCCGACCUGGCGCGCGCCCACUCCGACAUCUCGGCCUACUCGGCCACGGGGUCGGCUACCAGCGUGGCGGCGGGGCGCGUCAGCUACCUCUGGGGCUUCACGGGCCCGGCGCUGGCCAUCGACACCGCCUGCUCCUCCUCCCUGGUGGGCGCGCACGCCGCGCGCCUGGGCAUGGCCGCGGGCAACUGCGAGGAGGCGCUGGUGGCGGGCGUGAAGCUCAUCCUCACCCCGGGCACCAGCGCAAUGUUCAACCGCGCCGGCAUGCUGACCGCCGACGGGCGGUGCAAGACGCUGGACGCCGCCGCCGGCGGCUCCGUCCGCGGCGAGGCGGCGGUGGCCCUGCAUGCGCGCUUCGUGUGCGACGGCGACGCGAGCGCAGAAGCCCCGGCACCCCGCGCCCUGCUCCUCGGCUCGGCGGUGAACCAGGACGGCAAGUCCUCCACGCUCACCGCCCCCAACGGCCCCGCGCAGCAGGGCGCGCUGCGCGCCGCACUGCACGCCGCCGCCCUGGCCCCCCCGGCUCUGGGCGGCGUGCAGAUGCACGGCACCGGCACGCCCCUGGGCGACCCCAUCGAGACGGGGGCCCUGGCCGCCGUCUUUGGCGGCGCCACCCUCACCCUGUGUGCGGGGAAGAGCUCCAUGGGCCACACCGAGCCGGCGGCCGGUGUGGUGGGCCUGGCGCACGCCCAGCGGGCGCUGAGUCAGCGUGUCGUGCAGCCUGUGCUGCACCUGACAAAGAUAAACCCUUACAUCGAGGGCAGCCUGGGCGGGGCGGCGAGGUUCAGCAUGCCCCGCGCCGGCGCGGGCGACCCCCGUGCCAGCACCGUCACGGGCGUGAGCUCCUUUGCCUUCCAGGGCACCAACGCGCACGCGCUGCUGGGCAGCCUGGAGGGCACGGGGGAAAGGACGAUCGCGCCCAUCGCCUGGGCCCGGCAGCACCUCAGCGUGCUGCCGCCGGCCCACCCGCAGAUCGGCUCGACCGUGGUGGCCCCUACGGCGAUGCGCGUGGCCUUUGCCAUGGACACAGCACACCCCGCCCACGCUUUCUUCUGGGACCAUCGCGUGAAUGGGCGCGCGGUGUUCCCCGGCGCGGGCUACCUGGAGAUGGCGGCGGCCAUGGGCCGCACCCUCGCUGCGCCGUCGGCGGCGCCGGCGGGCCUGGCGCUGACGGCCGCCGCCAUCUCGGCGCCGCUCAUCCUGGGCGCGCCCGGCGCGACCCUGGUGCUGGAGGGCGCCGUGGACCUGGCAUCCGGGGACGCCACGCUGUCCAGCACCGACGGCGGCACGGUGCACGUGCGCCUGUCCCUGUCGCGCGUGGCGAGUGUCGGCGCAAACGGUGCCAUGGACGGCGGUGCCUCCGCCACAGAGGGCCUGCUGGCCGGCACGCCCGAGCCCGUGGACACCGUGUACACCUACGAGCGCCUGGCGGCCGCUGGCCUGCAGUACGGCCGCGCUUUCCGCCUGCUGCGCGGCGUCAAGCGCGGCGAGCGCGGCGUCGCCGCCGCGCUGGCGCCGGAGGGGCCCUGUUCCGGGGCCCCAGAGUUCCUGCUCGGACCCGCGGCGCUGGACAACGGGCUGCAGCUGGGGGGCAUGCUGGCCAACCAGGCCGCCGUGCAGGGCGCCGUCUUCCUGCCCGCCGGGCUGGGGGCGCUGGUGGUCCCCGCGCCCGGGGUCAAGCCCGUCGCAGCGCGGGCCGCGCGCAACCCGCGGCACGCCGACUCGGCGGCGGCCAUGUCCCGCGACGUGCUGCUGGUCGGCAGCCAGGGCGCGCUCGUCUGCACCCUCGACGGCCUCGUGUCCCGCGCCAUCGGCGACGCCGGCGGGGCUGGCAGCGCCCCGCCAUCGGUGGAGGUGCAGGACAUGCUCUACGACAUCUCCUGGCUGGCGGCGCGCAGCGUCGCAGCCUCUUCGGAAGAGACACCUGCGAGGAACGGGGCCUUGACCGUGCGUGCCAGCGACAGAGGCGCGGGGCUCGCCAUCCCAGCGGCGCUGGCAGCCGUGCAAGCUGCAGCGACAAGCGGAGGCGCCGACGCACUGCACCUCGCCACCGCGGGCACGCACCCCGCCGCGCAGAGCAGCGGCCCUCGGCCGGGUCUCGACACCCUGCCCGGGGCCGCCGUCUGGGGCCUGGUGCGUGCGGCCGCGCAGGAGCUCCCCGCCAUCGGAGUGAGCGGCGCGGACGCCGACGGCUUUGCCGCCGGGUGCGCGGGGUGUCGAUCCGCCCUGCAGAUCGGCGGCACGACGGGCGCCCAGGCACCCUUUGACGGCUACGGCCAGGCGGUGCGGGCCUCGGUCCUUCACGAGCCUCGCCUGGGCGCCAGCACAACGGCGCACAGCACGCUGCCCGCCUUCCAGCUGCUCCCCGUGCCUCGCGGCAGCUUCGGGUCCCUCAAGCCCGUGGCUGUCUCUGGCCUGGAUGCGCUCAAGCCGGGGCAGGUGGCCCUGGAGGUCAAGGCCGUGGGCCUCAACUUCAGGGACGUGCUGAACGUCCUGGGCAUGUAUCCGGGAGACCCCGGCCCCCCCGGCGGGGACUGCGCGGGAGUGGUGGCGGCCUGCGGCCCCACCGCGCCCGGCUACCCGGCCCUGGCUGUGGGCACGCCCGUGUUUGGCCUGGCCAGCGGCUGCCUGGGCAGCAGCGUGGUGGCCUCCUCCAAGACAGUGGUGCCGCUCCCCGCGGCGCUGCUUUCCUUCGAGGCCGCGGCCACCAUGCCCACCGUCUUCGUCACCACGGACGCGGCGCUGGAUCAGGCGGCGCGCAUCGCCCCCGGCGAGAGGGUGCUGGUGCACGCCGCUGCCGGCGGCGUGGGCCUGGCGGCGCUCCAGGUCAUCGCGCGGGCGGGCGCCUUCCCGGUGGCCACGGCGGGUGGCCCGGUCAAGCGCGCGCUGCUGCGCAGCCUGGGCGUGCGGGACGUGCUGGGUUCGCGAGAUGCUCUCUUUGCCCAGGAGGCGCCGGAGCUGGACCCCAUGGGCCUGUCGGUGGUGCUCAAUACCCUGACCUCGCCCGGCAUGGUGGCGGCAUCCCUGGCCGUGCUGCGCCUGGGUGGGCGCUUCGUGGAGAUCAGCAAGCGCGACAUCUGGAGCGCGGGGCGGGUGGCACAAGAGCGCACCGACGUCUCCUACGGCCUCGUGGCCGUGGACUUCAUGUCGGAGGAUGCGCUGCACGCUGCACUGAGCCGCGUGGCGAGCCAGGCGGCCGCCGGCACGCUCGCCCCCCUGCCCCACAUCUCCCACGGCAUGGGCGCGGUGACGGCCGCGCUGCGCCAGAUGUCGCAGGCUCGGCACGUGGGCAAGAUCGUGGUGCGGCUGCCUCAGGGCGUCGAGGCGCCGCGGGCCGACGCGCCGGUGCUGGUCACCGGCGGCCUGGGCACGCUGGGCCGCCUGGUGGCCGGCUGGACGCAGCGCCGCGGCGUGCGCGCCGCCGUCCUGGUCAGCCGGUCGGGGCGCGGCGACUUGGAGCCGGGCCUGAUCGUCGCGCGGUCCGCGGUCACCGUCUUCAAGGCCGACACCGCCGCGGGCGAGGACGCCACGGCGCUGGGCCUGCUGGGCGCCUACGGCGCGGUCUUGCACGCCGCGGGCGUGCUGGCGGACGCCACGCUGGGCAACCAGAGCGUGCGCGGCCUGCGCGCUGUGUUUGCGCCCAAGACUGCCAGCGUGCGGGGUUCGGAGCGGGCGCGGGCGCCCACACCGCUGCACGUCCUCUUCUCCUCGGUGGCGUCUUUGCUCGGCGCCCCGGGGCAGACCAACUAUGCGGCCGCCAACGCGGCGCUGGACGCGGCCGCCACCGCCCGCGCGGCCACCGGCCUGCCGAGCGUCAGCGUGCAGUGGGGCGCCUGGGCCGGCGGCGGCAUGGCCUCACGUGAGACCGAGGCCCGCGUCCAGCGCAUGGGCAUGGGCAUGGUGGAGCCCGGCCCCGGGCUGGCCGCCCUGGAAGGCCUGCUGGCCGGCGCCGCACCAUCCAUCGCCGUCCGCUCCGCCAACCCCUUCAACUGGCCGCGCUUCGCAGUGUUGGACACCGUGGCGGGGGUGCUGGGCGCGCCCGUGGGCGUCACCGCCUCGCUCAUGGAGGCGGGGCUGGACUCGCUGGGCGCGGUUGAGCUGCGGAACGGCCUGUCCAAGCGCUUCGGCCUGGACCUGCCCGCCACCCUCACCUUCGACUACCCCUCCGUCUCCGCCAUCGCCGAGUUUGUGGUGGAGUCCAUGGGCGGCGGCGAGGAGGAGGUGGCCGGCCAGGAGGCCCUCCGCGCCGCGCCCGCCACCCCUGUGCCCAGCCAGCACGGGUCGGUGGUGGGGCUGACGGGCGUGGCGCUGCGCCUGGGCGGCGGCAUCGACGACCUGGCUGCCUUCCGCGCGGCCCUGGUGGCCGACCGGGAGCUCAUCGCCACCGAUCCGGCGCCGCGCUGGGACGCGGACGCCCUGUUCUCUGCCGGCGGCGGCGUGGGCCGUGUGUCCACGCGCUUCGCCUCCUUCGUGCACGACACCUUUGCCUUUGACCCCGAGGCCUUUGGCCUCAGCCUGACCGAGGCGGCGCUCAUGGACCCCCAGCAGCGCAUCCUGCUGGAGACCACCGUGGACGCAUUUGCGAGCGCGGGGCAUGCGACUGCCACCCUGGUCGGCUCCCCCACCGGUGUCUACGUCGGCUGCAUCUGGCUGGAGUACGGCGACCUGGCCACCGCCGCGGGCAACCCGGCGGGGGCCUACAUGGUCACCGGCAAUGGCCUGGCCUUCAUGACUGGCCGCGUGUCCUAUGCGCUGGGCCUGGUGGGCCCCUCCGUGCCCACCAACACCGCCUGCUCCUCCUCCCUUGUGGCCCUGCACCUGGCGGCCGCCGGCCUGACCACGCGAGACUGCACGCUGGCCACGGCCGCCGGGGUCAACUCCAUGCUCCUGCCGGGCGCCGCCUCGGCGGCCAUGACCCAGGUGCACGCGCUGUCCCCCGACGGCCGCUGCAAGGCCUUUGGCGCGGAGGCCGACGGCUACGGCCGCGGCGAGGGCUACGUGUCGGUGGUCCUGGAGCUGGCUGGUGGGGCUGGAGGGGAAGACGGCGACGCUCCGACGUUCGCGUCGACCCUGUCUGCAGUGCUGGGCGGCAGCGCCGUCAACCAGGACGGGCGGUCCAGCGGGCUCACCGCGCCGCACGGCCCCAGCCAGCAGGCGCUGGUGUCAGCCGCCAUGGCCGCGGCGAGGCUGGAUGUGCUGGACUACGUGUCCACCCACGGCACGGGCACACCGCUGGGCGACCCCAUCGAGUCCGGCGGGCUGCGCAAGGCGGUCACCCGCCGCGGCGCGACCCCGGCCCAGCUGGACGGUCACUCCUUGACCCUGGGCGCGGUGAAAGUGCUGGCGGGGCACCUGGAGGGCGCCGCCGGCCUGGCGGGGCUGCUCCUGGCCCAGGUGGCCAUGGAUAGCAGCCUGGCCCACGGCCUGCGCUACAGGAGCCUGAAUCCGUAUGUGGGCAACUCCCUGGCCGGCCUGCCCGUGCCACACAGCAUCCCCAUGCAGUCCAGGCCCUCUGCAAUUCCCGCGGCAGGCACCAGCUCCUUUGGCAUGAGCGGCGUGAACGCGCACGCCAUUCUGUUGCCGGCCGCGGAGGGGCGAGGCGCCUCGCCACUGGCCGCCCAGCCCUGGAGCAGGAGCACUGCCUGCUGGACCGAAGCGCUGGUGCCCUGCCACCCGCUCCUGCACCUGGCCACGGCCGCCAAGCAGCGGCUGCAGUUCAGCGUGCCCCUGGCCGCGCCGCGCCUCGCCUUCCUGUGGGACCAUCGCGUGGGCGGCGCGGCGGUGCUCCCCGGCGCGGCCUACCUGGAGGCGGCCGUUGCCGCAGGGGCCACGCUGGGCAGGAGCCGGACCGGUCAGGGCCUGGCGGUGGUGCACGGCGCCAUCGCCUCGCCCCUGCUCCUGCCGGCGGCAGGCUCCGCGCGCAGGAGCGUGCAGCUGCUCGUCGAGCUGGACGGCCGGACGGGGGCGCUGGCCAUGCCCUCGCUCGACCCGGGCGAGAGGAAGGGGGGCGCGGGCGGCGCGUCCCAGCCCCACCUCACCGCGUCCCUGAUCAAGCUGGCGACCGGCGUGUCUGUGUCAGCAGGCACUCCAACCUCCACCCCAUUCUCCUCAGUGGGCGCCGACGCGGUGCGCGCCGGGACCUGCGAGCCCGUGGACGUGGCGGACGCGUAUGCGCGCCUGGCGGCCGCGGGCUUGGAGAGCACUGCCUGCUGGACCGAAGCGCUGGUGCCCUGCCACCCGCUCCUGCACCUGGCCACGGCCGCCAAGCAGCGGCUGCAGUUCAGCGUGCCCCUGGCCGCGCCGCGCCUCGCCUUCCUGUGGGACCAUCGCGUGGGCGGCGCGGCGGUGCUCCCCGGCGCGGCCUACCUGGAGGCGGCCGUUGCCGCAGGGGCCACGCUGGGCAGAGCCGGACCGGGCUCCGCGCGCAGGAGCGUGCAGCUGCUCGUCGAGCUGGACGGCCGGACGGGGGCGCUGGCCAUGCCCUCGCUCGACCCGGGCGAGAGGAAGGGGGGCGCGGGCGGCGCGUCCCAGCCCCACCUCACCGCGUCCCUGAUCAAGCUGGCGACCGGCGUGUCUGUGUCAGCAGGCACUCCAACCUCCACCCCAUUCUCCUCAGUGGGCGCCGACGCGGUGCGCGCCGGGACCUGCGAGCCCGUGGACGUGGCGGACGCGUAUGCGCGCCUGGCGGCCGCGGGCUUGGACACCGACGUGGCGGGAUUCUUCGUGCACCCCGCCGCACUGGACUGCACGCUGCAGCUCGGCGCCCUGGUCCCCGCUGCGCACGCUGCGACGGGGUCGGAGGAGGGCGCCCGCGUCCCCGCCGCGAUUGCUGCCUACGCCGUGACGCGCGCCACGCGCGCGGGCACGGGCCUGCUGGCGGCCGCCCGGGAGGGCGCCGCGCCACCGCCCCAGGGCUCCACGCUGAGGGACCACGACCUGGCGGGCACGCACUCGCCGGGCGCCGGCGCCGCGACGCUGGAGGGCCUGGAGGCGCGCACCAUGCGCGCGGGGCCGCGCAACGACGCUGGCGCUGCGCACGCCCCAACGCUGCCCCCCGCGCCGGAGCUGCUCUACGCCGUCGACUGGCGGGUGGCCGACGUGGCGGAUAGGGAGCUUGAUCAGUCCUCGGACGCCUCCUCCGCUCGCUACAGACUCACCGACGCGCCCGCUGCGACGCCCCUGGCUGCCACGGCCGCCAUGCUGGCGGCGCUGCAGGGCGGCGACGACCUCGGCGUGGCCGCCGUGAGCCUGCACAGCGGGCUGACGGCCGCGGCGGGUGGAUUGGUGGAGACACAAGAAGCCCCCACCGCCGUUGCCUCGGGGGCGGUGUGGGGCGCCCUGCGCGCCUUUGCGCAGGAGGCGCCCGGCGUCGCCCACGGCGGGAGCCAGGGCGCGGACCAGGGGCUCUCCCUGAGCCUCUCCACGGUCCCCGGAACCGGCGGGGACGGGUACGGCGCCAGGCUGGCCUGGGGCACGACCCAGGCCCCCGCCCUGGUGCCCUCCCGGGCGCCGCCCGCGCCCAUGCGCGCCUUCCACCUGAUGCCGCGCCCGCGCGGCGCCUUCUCCGGCCUGGUGCCCGAGCCCGUGGAGGCCGGGCGGCCGGGCUGGCUGGAUGUCCAGGUCAAGGCUGUGGGCAUCAACUUCAGGGACGUGCUGAAGGUGCUGGGCAUGUACCCCGGCGACCCCGGCGCGCCGGGCGGCGACUUUGCCGGCGUCGUGACCUCGCCCGGUUCCGCGGUCCUGGCCCCCGGCACGAGGGUCUUUGGCCUGGCCGCCGGCAGCCUGGGCACGGCGGUGUGCGUCUCGCCGCACACCCUGGUGCAGAUGCCGGCCGGCCUGGGCUUCGAGGCCGCGGCCUCCAUGCCCACCGUCUUCGUCACCGUGGACACCGCGCUGGUGCAGCUGGCGGGCAUCUGCCCCGCAGACGUCGUGCUGGUGCACGCCGCCGCCGGCGGCGUGGGCCUGGCUGCGAUGCAGGUCAUCCGCGCGGCGGGCGCGACGCCGCUGGCCACCGCGGGUGGGCCGGCCAAGCGCGCGCUGCUGCGCAGCCUGGGCGUGCGGGAGGUGCUUGGGUCGCGGGACACCGACUUUGUCUCGGAGGCCGCCGAGCUGGGGGGGGUGAACGUGGUGCUCAACAGCCUCACCUCCUCGGGCAUGGUGGCCGGGUCCCUGGCGACCUUGAAUACUGGCGGGCGCUUCGUGGAGAUCAGCAAGCGCGACAUCUGGAGCGCGGGGCGCGUCAUGCAGGAGCGCCCCGACGCCUCCUACAGCCUGGUGGCCGUGGACUUCAUGUCGGAGGCCGCGCUGCACGCGGGCUUGACCCGCGUAUCCGCGGGCGUGGCCGCUGGCAUGCUGGCACCCCUGCCGACCGUGAGCCACGGCCUGGGCGCGGUGCAGGCCGCGCUGCGCCAGAUGUCGCAGGCACGGCACGUGGGCAAGAUCGUGGGCGCGCGCUCGCUGCGCGCCGUCUUCGCUCCCAAGGUCGACGCGCUGGGCACGCUGCGCGCAGCGGCGGGGCCGGGCGUCUUCCACGUCCUCUUCUCCUCCGUGGCGGCCCUGCUGGGGUCCCCAGGCCAGAUCAACUACGCCGCGGCCAACGCGGCGCUGGACGCGCUGGCGUCCAGCAGCGACGCUCAGGGCGCCCAGCUGACGAGCGUGCAGUGGGGCGCCUGGGCCGGGGCCGGGAUGGCCGCCGGCGACGCGUCCACCGCCGCCGGCGUGGAGCGCACCGGCAUGUCGCUGCUGGCCCCCGUCGACGGGCUGGGGGUGGUGCAGAGCGUGCUUAUGCACGCCACGCCCCCCGCCCUGGCGGCGGUGGCCUUCGCCUGGCCCCGCUUCAUUGGGCGCUUCGGCGCCGCGGUGCCGGCCCUGUUUGCCGAGUUCGCGGACGCCGCGGCCGUGGCCUCCAUCGUCGGCGCCGAGGUGGGCCCUGCCGACCCGCUCAUGUCCGCGGGCCUGGACUCGCUGGGCGCGGUGGAGCUGAAGAACGGGCUGGAGGCCCGGUUCGGCCUGGCCCUCCCCGGCACCCUGGUCUUCGACUACCCCAGCGUGGAGGCCCUGACUGGGUACAUCCGAGAAGCCCUGCCCGAGGGCGGGGCUGGUUCAGGGGAAGACGACCAGGAGGACGGCUCCGAGGCGGCCCUGCUGGCCCUCCUGCCCACCGACGUCAUCACGCGCGUCCCGCUGUCGCGCUGGGACGUGGACGCGCCGGCGCACGCGAGCCUGCCCGCCCGCUUCGGCGGCUUCCUGGACGGCAUCGACGCCUUUGACGCCGGGUUGUUCGGCCUGCAGGCCAACGAGUGCGACCUGAUGGACCCCCAGCAGCGCAUGCUGCUGGAGAGCGCGUGGGAGGUGCUACGCCUGUCCCCCGCCCGCACCGCCCGCGUGGCGGUGGCGGUGGGCAUCGCCUCCGCCGAGUACAACAACACCCUGGUCCCGGCCUGGACCACGGGGGUCAGCGCCUACAGCGCCACCGGCGGCGCGCCCAGCGUCGCCUCGGGCCGCCUGUCUUUCACCUUUGGGUUCAAGGGGCCCGCCAAGGCGGGCAUGCUCGCGCCCGACGGACGCUGCAAGUCCCUGGACGCCGCGGGAGAUGGGUACACGCGUGGCGAGGCCAUGGGUGUGCUCAACCUGCAGUGGGCAGCCGAGGGCGGCGACGACCGCACUGCCCCGCUGACAGUGCUGACGGUGAUCAGGGGGAGCGCGGUGAACCAGGAUGGCCGGUCCUCGAGCCUGACGGCUCCCAAUGGCCCGGCGCAGCAGGACGUGAUCCGCGCCGCCCUGGCCUUUGCGGGCUGCCCGCCAGCAGCUCUUGCUUCCCUGCAGCUGCACGGCACCGGCACGCCCCUGGGCGACCCCAUCGAGAUGGGGGCGGCCAGCGCGCUGGGCCUGGGCGCCGCGACCCCGGUGCACGUCACCACCGCCAAGGCCUGGGUGGGGCACACCGAGGCCGCCGCAGGGGUGGCGGGCCUGGCGCAUGCCACCCUGGCGGUCAGCCACGCGCUGACCCAGGGCAUCGUGCACUUGACCACAGUGAACCCCCACAUCGCCACGCUGCUGGACGGCACCAACGCGCACGCGCUGCUGGCGCCUGCUGACGCCAGCGACGCACCGGCCGCCGCGCUGGACCGCACUGUCACCGCCUUGCCGUGGCAGCGGGCGCGCGUCUGGGUGGCGCCGCGCGUCCACUCCAUGCUGCAGCGCGCGCUGCCGGCCGGGCGUGGCCGCGCGGCGCUGGAGGCGGACCUCAGCGCGGCGCGCCUCGCUUUCCUGCGCGACAACGUCGUGCUGGGCAGGGGCGUGCUGGCCACCGGCGCAUUCCUGGAGCUGAGCGCUGCCGCCGCGAGCCUGCUGACCGGCAAAGUGAUCGCAGGGCUGGAGGCGGCGCUGCGCGACAUCGUCUUCGCGGUACACGUCAGCCUGCGCAGCUCCAGCGGCGCGGCGACCAAGGUCGUGUGCGGGACGGGGCGCCUGCCCGGCUCGCUGGAGAUCACCACCCCGGAGGGCGGCCGCCUGCGCACCCACUUCCACGCCAGCGUCGCCGCGGCGCUGGAGGAUGACGCCAAGGUCGGUAUGGUUGCCGGGCAGCCAAGGGGUCCCGAGUCGGGCACCCUGGCGCUGCUCAUCGCGCGUGCGGCAAUGGCGCAGGCGGGCCGCGCGCCGACCGUGGUGGCCCUCACCUCGCCGCCCGCCGGCUUCUCGCCGGCGGACGGCGAGACCUGGGCGGGUCCCCACCCCGCCCAGGUGGAGGCCUCGCUGGUGUCGCCCGCAGCGCUGGCGGCGGGCUCGCCCGUGUCGCGCGCGCCGCCGCUGCGCGUCACCGCACGCAUCGAGGCGCUGGCGCUGCCUCCUCCAAAGGAGGGCGUGCACACGUCGCCCUCCCAGACCCCGGCCUGGCUGGGGACCACGCUGGCGCGCAGCCACUACGCCAGCUCCCACGCGCUGGGCGCCGGCUUCUCGCUGGCGGGCGUGGAGCACCGGCGCCUGCUGGCGCGGCGGCCUCCGCUGAUGACGCCACGCACGCCGCGCACGCCCCACUCGCCCUUUGGCGCGGGCGGCGGCCUGGCCACGCCGCGCACGCCCAUGUACUUUUUGCCUUCCUCCCCCGGCGCGGGCGACUGGUCGCCCGCGCCCGGGAUGGCGCGGGACGGCCCCAAUGCCUUCGACCGCGCGCAGGAGGCGAUCGAGGUGGACGCCGAGGCGGUGCUGGCCGCGGUGCGCGCCGCGGUGGCGGGCGCGGUGGGCACCGCGGUGGGCGACAACGACCCGCUCAUGGCGGCGGGGCUGGACUCGCUGGCCGCCACCGAGCUGCAGCAGGGGCUGGCCGACGAGCUGGGCCUGGAGCUGCCCAGCACCCUGGUCUUCGACUACCCGACCAUCGCCGCGCUGGCCGAGUACCUGGUGGGGCGCAUGGCCGGCGGCGCCGGCGGCGGCGCCUCGCAGGCUCUGGGCCCCGAGUCAUCCUUGGCCCUGUUUGCCGCCAGCGGCGCAGCCGCGCUGCCCGGCGGCCCGGGCAGCGCUGUGGCGCUGAUGGGCGCGGCGGGGCAGGACCACCUGCUCCAGCGCUACGUGCAUGGUUCCGGCGACGCCGCGAGCCGCGUGCCGCUGGCACGCUGGGACGUGGACCACGCGGCGCGCGGCCCGCGCGACGACGGCGCGCUGGCCCCCCAGUUCGGCGUGUUUGUCCCCGGCGUGGAGCUGUUCGACCCCGAGGCCUUUGGCAUCAUGCGCAGCGAGGCAGCGGGCAUGGACCCGCAGCAGCGCAUGCUGCUCCUGGCGGCGCACGCCGCGCUGGCGCAGGCGGGGGGCGUGCCCUCCGCCGGCCGCACCGUGGGCGCCUACGUCGGCAUCUCCACCAACGACUACGAGCCCCUGUGCGAGCGCUCCGGCAUCCCCAUCUCCAGCUUCAGCUUCACCGCCAGCUCCGCCAGCGUGGCCUCGGGCCGCCUGGCCUACGUCUUCGGCUUGGGCGGGCCCACCGCCAGCGUGGACACGGCCUGCUCCGCCUCCCUGGUGGCCACCCACCUGGCGGCCUCCGCCUUCCGCGAGUCGCCGCUGGCCGGCGCGCUGGCGGCGGGCGUCCUGCUCUGCCUGGUGCCGGAGUCCAGCCUCAUGCUGGCGCGCGCCUCCAUGCUGUCCCCCGAGGGCCGGUCCAAGACGCUGGACGCGGGGGCCGACGGCUACGUCCGCGGCGAGGCCUGCCGCGUGGUCUACCUCGCGCGCGCCGACCCGCAGGACCCGCAGCCGGGCGCGCUGGGCCUGCUGCGUGCCACCGCCGUCAACACCAACGGCCGCGCCAGCAGCCUGACCGCGCCGCACGGCCCCAGCCAGCAGGCGCUGCUGCGCUGGGCGCUGACCGCCGCGCGCCUGCGCCCCGCCGAGGUCGACGGCCUGCAGCUGCACUCCAACGGCACGGCGCUGGGCGACCCCAUCGAGCUGGGGGCCCUGGCCGCGGUCAUGCUGGAGGGGGAGUCCGGGGCGGGCGUGGCGGGCCUGCUGGAGGCCGCCGCGGUGCUGACGCACGCCGCGCUGCCGCCCGCGCUGCACCUGCGCGGGCUGAACCCGCACGUGCGCUCCGCGCUGACGGGGCACGCCGCCGUCGCCAUCGCGCGCGGCGGGCCCUACGGCCUGCCCGCGCUGCACCCCGGCGCCUCCACCCUGGGCGUCAGCUCCUUUGGCGCGCAGGGGACCAACGCGCACGCGCUGCUGGCGGGACCCGGCCACCCCGUGACCCCGCCCUUCCCCCUGGCGCCGGGGGCGGGCCCGCUCUGGCAGCACUCUGUCUGCUGGGCGGCGGCCAGGCCUCAGGCGCUGCUCCUGCGCGCCAUCCCCCCGCGCCGCCCGCGGCUGGCCAAGGCCAGCAUGACGCUGGAGUUCUCGCUGGCCGCGCCCGCGCUGGCGGGGCUGUGGGACUUCCGCGUGGGCGGCGCGGCGUGCCUGGCCCCUGCCGCGCUCCUGACGGCCCUGCUGUCCAUCCCCGCCGCCAUGUGCACGCAGGACCACCUGCUGCCCGUGCUGCGGGACAGCGCGCUGACGGCCUGCGUGCCGCUGCCGCCACUGGCGCUGCGUGGCAAGCCCGCGCCUGCCGGCGCCGGCGUCGUCGCGCUGCGCGUGGCCCUGGCCACGGGCGUGGCCGAGGUGGAGGGCGGGGACACCAAGCUGGCCACCUCGCGCCUGAAGCUGCUGCGCAGCAGCGCCAAGGCCGUCGAGCCGGGCGCCCUGCUCUCCUCCACGGCGCCGGCCGCGGAGUGCGCGCUGCUGGGUACCUACGCGCCGCUGGACGCCUGGGCGUCCGGGGGCGCCAGCCUGCGCACCCCCGGCGCGGCCAUGAGCCUGUUCGGGGUGGUGCUGGGCGAGCACGACCUGCCACCCACCUCCCCGGGGCCUACCCAGGUCGCAGCCGCCGCGCUGUUGGGCGAGGAGGGCGAGGAGGCGGGCGGCAGCCCUGGCGCUGGCGAGGAGGAGGAGGCGGCAGUGGGGCUGGCUGCUGGCCACCCCCUGCUUGCCAUGUCGGAAGAAGAGCGGAUGCUGCACCUCCAAGCCCAGGUCAUGGGGGAGGUCAGGCAGAUGCUGGGCCACACCGUGCACCCGGACGAGCCGCUGAUGGUGGCGGGCCUGGAUUCACGUGGUGGCAUGGAGCUCAGGAGGUCCCUGGCGGACGCCAUCGGUCUGCAGUUGCCUGUGACGCUGCUGUACGACUACCAGUCCAUCAACGCCAUCGUGGACUACCUCAACACGGCGGUGUCCACCGCCCCCGAGGAGGCCCCGGAGGAGGGCUCCAGCCCGUCGGACCUGCUCAAGCUCCUGCGCGGCCCGCCCGCGCAGCGCCCGCUCUUCCUGGCCGCGCCCGGCGUGGCCAAUGCGCAGGCUGCCUACUUCUCCUUCUCGCAGUACCUGGCGUGGAGCACCCAGCCCAUCUACGUGCUGGACAAGGACAACGACCUCACCGUGGCCGACCUGGCGCGGCGCAACGCCGCCGACAUCGUGCGCGUGCAGCCCGAGGGGCCCUACCUGCUGGGCGGCCACUCCUACGGCGGCUGCGUGGCCAUGGAGAUCGCCAUGGUGCUGGAGAGCUGGGGCCUGGAGGUCGGCCUCGUCCUGGUGAUGGACACGCCCAUGCGGCAGCAGAUCCGGACCGCGCAGCCCGACGUCCCUGUCGCCACUCAGGAGGACACGCUGGAGCUGGUGGAGAUGAUCCUGGGCGCGCUUGGGCAGGACGCGGUGGGCAUCGGCGCCUCCAUGGCGCACCCGCGCGAGAGCGAGCAGUGGAAGGGCAUGGACUUCGACCAGAAGAUCGAGUUCUUCGCGCCCAUCUGGCGCGUCAUGCGCGACGCGCCGCUGUCGGUGGAGGAAGUCAAGGAGCAGGUGCAGCACGUGGCCCUGGUCACCAAGCAGGCCAGCAACAUCUCCGACCUGCGCCACCACUACCACAUGGCGCCGCGCACCAAGGCACCCCUGGUCUACUUCCGGGCCAAGGACCGCGGCAUGUGCACCUACAUGGACGACGGGCGGCUGGGCGCCCACCCGCACGGCCUCUGCUGGUACGACCUGUGCGAGGACAUCGAGGUGAUCGACCUGCCCGGCGACCACUUCUCCGUCCUGCGCCAGGACGACCGCGACAUGAACCUGAUCGUCACGGCGCUCAAAGUCAAGCUGGCGCCCUUCGGCUGGACCGAGAUCCUGAACCGCGGCGGGCGCAGGGCCGCUGCGUCCAGCCUGGACAUCCCCGACAUCGACGCCUACCUGCAGAAGAUGGGGGUGAAGGACCCCGCCCUGCGCAAGCGCGUGGAGGCCCAGCUCCCUGGCCUGGACGAGGAGGCGGUGACGGCGGCCAUGGAGGCUGUGGCCGCCGAGCACGAGGUCGCGCCGCUGAACGCGGGCGCGCGCGCGCUGACGCUGACCGACGGCGCCUGGGGCGCCGCGCCCGUGCUCGUGGUCUGCGCCGACGCCAACGGCGGCACCGCCGGGCUGGAGCCCGUGCUGGCCGCGCUGGAGAUGCCGGCCUUCGUGGUCAAGCUGCCGCAGGACAGCGCGCUGCUGGAGUCUCCCAGCGUGCCCGAGCUGGCGCGCCUGUGCACCAAGGCCCUGCGCGCCCACGUCCCCGCCUCGCGCCGCCUGGUGCUGGCGGGGGUCGGCUUCGGCGCGGUGGUCGCGCACGAGCUGGCGCUGCAGGCGGCCGCCGCAUCGGACCGCGUGCUGGGCCUGGUGCUGCUGGAGGGCCGGCAGGCGGUGCGCGCCUCGGCCCUGGCCUGGCUGCCGCCCGCGCGCGCCGCGGAGGCCUUUGCCACGCGCCUGGGCUCCAUCCAGGGCUUUGACGGGCAGCUGGACUACAUCGCACUGUUCCGGCCACACCACGAGAAGACCAAGGACUGGGACGAGCGCAUCAACGCCCUGCUCUCCCGCCUGGCCUACUUCUCGUCCAUCUGCGCCGAGUACCGCCCCUCGGACGUGUUCCUGGGCCAGACCCUGGCGGUGACCUGCGGACCCCCCGCACCCAUCGGCACCGUGCACGCCGCCUGGGAGAGCAUCGCCUUCCUGGUGCAGCCGCUGGAGAGCGCGAGCCUGGGCGCCGGCGCCCGCUCCGGCGUGUCCCCCGGCACCGCCCUGGCCACAGAGCUGCAGGGCCUGCUGUGGGACGUGGUGCGCCGCGCGGAGGAGCGCGCGGCGCAGGCCUCGGAGACGGCGCAGACGCCGUCGGCCUCCACCGCGCGCGUGUCGCGCCGCAUCUCCGUCGGCGCGGCCAGCGAGGCGCUGCCGGGCGGGGACGGGCCGCGCGGCGACCUGAGCUCCGCGCAGAAGGAGCUGGCAGCGCUGCUCCCCCUCCCCGUCUACGGCCUGGCCAUGGGCCCAGACGCCGACGCCUGCGCCACGCUGGCCGAGCUGGCCGCGCGGUACGCGGCCGCGCUGCGCGUGCUGCAGCCCGCGGGGCCCUACCUCCUCCUCGGCUCCAGCGUCGGCGGCGUGCUGCUCGCGCACGCGCUGGCCUGCGCGCUGCGCGCCGAGGGCGCCGCUGUGGCCUUGGUGCUCGUCGACGGCUGCGUCGGCGCGCCCGCCCUCCCCCUGCACGACGUCUCCUGGUACGCGCUCUUCUACCUCCUGCGCGAGAUCGGGGGCCUGCGCGGCUCCAUGGGCGAGUUCGUGGAUGUGGUGCGCGGCGCCGGGUCCCCCGCCGCGCAGCUCAAGCUGCUCAACAGCUUCCGGCCGCCCGAGCUGGCCGACGCGGAGGAGGCCUGGGACGCGGCGGUGUACACCACCCUGGACCGCGCCGGACUGCUCAAGCGGCUGUCGCGCGGGCCCGCCGCGACGCCGCCCGGCGUCUUCGACGGGCCGGUGGCCACGCUGCUGCCGGAGGACCGCAUCGGGGCGCUGUUCCUGGCCGCCACCACGCCGCACUGCGACGUGGACCGCGUGCUCAGCCUGGGCCUGACAUCGCGGCACACCGAGUGCCUGCUGACGGACCGGGCGAGGCGCGAGACUGCCGCCGCCGUCGUGGCGGCGCUCAAGAGCCUGCUGCCCCAGCUUUAG